AAUUUUUUUUAAAGCAGAAUUCUGACAAAGAAGUCAGACGUUCAUAAUCAAAGUUAAAAUUCUCAAAAAGCAGGAAUUCCAAAUUUUAUAAUUUUAUGUCUGAAUUUUGGAAAAAGUCAGAGUUUUAAUUCGAAAGUCAGAAGUCACCAAAUAAAAACUAGCUAGCUAUAGAUAGAUAGAUAGAUAGAUAGAUAGAUAGCUAGAUAGAUAGAUAGAUAGAUAGAUAGAUAGAUAGAUAGAUAGAUAGAUAGAUAGAGGCAGGAAUUAGAUACCAUGAUAUUCUUUAUUGACUUUUUGUAUGCCGUGCAUUUAUGGAAAGUCACAAUUUUGGACAGGUUGAAACCUGGUGUUAGCAAGCAUAUACAACACUUUACAGAAGUGAGACGACACCUAACCAAAAAAGAGUGACGAAAUGUAAAAUUACAUUCAGGAUUAUUUGGUGCAGAGUUAAUUUGAUACCACUCAAUGCAUCAAACUAGCUUCCAACCUCAGAGUUGAAUUCAACUUUUAUCCACGGAAAUCUCUGUAAAUUCUUACAAUCUUUAUUUCGCACCUCGCACCCUAGUUCCUUGCCUUUGCUACGAGAACAUGUUCCCCGUCCUCAAUCAAAUCUACAAGGGGAACACCAGAAACCCAGAGAAGGUGGAGAACUUCCAUCCUCCCAUCAGGUUCCCCCUCUCCAGUUUGAGGUAAGCCUUGUCCCCUCUCUCCAUUAUCACCAGUCCAGCAUUGGUAGCAGCUUCUCUGGUCACGUCCUGAUCACCUGCGAAGGCGGAAAUCACCGGCCAGCCAUUGAGAACCAAACUGACCUAAAAAAGACAGGUGAGGAGAUUGAGAACCUGGCAUAUAGCAGAGACAUUAUGGUAAGGAGACAACAACUGGAGCUGUAGAUUUUGGUCAGUAUUUAUGAAAAAUAACUAUUUCUUAAAAUAUUAGACUUCAAAUACUUAAGUUUUGCAAAUUCACUUUAGCCACUUCACUUAGUCAGUACAAAAGUUGAUUGUUGUUAGACUAGUGAAUUAUCCUAAGACCAUCAUAGACUAUCAUUCAGAGCUUGUUUUAGAGCCCUACUGUUAAAUCUUUGAUAACAAAUGUGCAACUUCAUGAAACAGAAUAGUUGACAAAGAAAAAAAGUCACAGUUUUUUAUGUUAAUAUAAUGUAUCAUAUCAUUAAGUAUUGUAUCUAACAAAUUGCAUCAUAUCUUAUUGUAUUGCAUCAUAUUGUAAAGUAUUGCAUCGUAUUGUAUCAUAUCUUAGUGUAUUGUAUCAUAUCAUAAAGUAUUCUAUCAUAUCGUAUCUUAUUUUAUGUAUCAUAUCGCAAAGUAUUUUAUUGUAUCGUAUCAUAUUGUAAAGUAUUGCAUCGUAGCAUAUGGUAAUGUAUUGUAUUGUAUCAUAUCAUAAAGUAUCGUAUCUGUAUUGUAUCUUAUUGUAUUGUAUCAUAUCGUAAAGUAUUGUAUCGUAUUGUAUCGUAUCAUAUCAUAAAGUAUUGUAUUGUAUGGUAUUUUAUCGUAUCAUAUCAUAUGAUAUAGUAAGGUAUUGUAUUGUAUAUUAUAUUGUAAUUUCUUGUAUUGUAACAUAUCGAGUCUAUAUCCAAAACUACAUAAAUUUUGUACUUUGGGUUUUUUCUGUCCUUACUGAGUCUCAGCUGUUCGCUUGAUAACUGUUGAAAAAGUGAGGAAUAUCUUUAAAGACUUGAACAAACAGAGAAUAAAGCGCACAGUGGAACUUGAAGUUGAAUUUGGGACAGUUACAGGUUAGCUUCUUUGUUCCAGAGGCUAAGUUAGCCAGCAGAAGUCCUUUUACUGGAUGUUGUUCAAAUUGUGUUUUUCCCAAAACGUCAAACUCUCCUCUCAACCUGUUGUUUUUACCUGUAUUGUCUGCCGGUUGUAAACUUUAACAACAUGAAAGCUGAAACUGUAGACUCCUUUCCUUGGGGCCACGAAGAUACUCCUUGCAGGAUCAAAAUGGCUGCCAACGUUUACUAGAAUCUAGAUAUAAAACAAGACAACAAGAGAGUGUCAAUGACACAGCUGAUAUUCCAUUGUCAGGUCAGUAAGAUUUCAACCUGCUUUUCACUGUUUUGCAUAUAACCAAUAGAAGACGAACAAUUAAUGAUACAGGACACAAACCAGCCACAUGACAACCUGUCACAUCAAAAUGAUGGACUCUGAAUAUUUGUUAGCUUAGGCUUCAGGAAGUUUCAUCACUAUUAAUUAUCCAUAAUUAAGGCUAUUGUGCUAAACUGUCAGACCCAAGCACUGAACCCAUUAAUAACCUUGUCACGUGGCGCCCUAUCGUUGCGAGCUUUAAUUAAACUCCAGUGACUCACAUGUUGACUCAGAUUUUUGAUAUUGCCUGCCGUACUUGACUAACCUACUUUUUGUUUUUGUGGCACAAAUUCCGUAUAAAUGGGAAAUUCCAACUUGGUCUAUGAGCGGAAAUGACUCCAUGUACGUGAUGGCUUAGAUAUUGCCGUUUAAUAGCAUGUCCGCCACCAAUUUAGAAGAAAACAACUCGGUAAUUAUCAGAUGGAUUACCUCUGAAAUUGGUGCACCCAUUUAUGUCGUCAUUAAGAGGAAGUGGUACAAGUGUGAGAUCAUCUGGUGUUUCACCGGCGCCACCAUCAGGUGUAUGUUUUCAGUUUUGCCAAUACUUUUGUUAACGGCUAAAUACCAGCAAAUCUAAUGACAUAUCAACCAACACAUAAAGACAAAGAGGAGUUUCAUUGGUUUUAUAAGUGAACUAGGCUGACCUGGUCAAAGUAGAUGGUCAUGGUGCGGUUGCUCAUCUCCGAGGGUUCAUGGUUGGUGUUACGAAUGGCCGAAAACGCCACCCUCCCCGUCCCCGAUCUCACCGACAUCCCCAGAGCACUCCCCGAUGGCUCAGCUGCGGGGGUGGAAUCGCAGACCACCAGACACUUCCCCUCCAGCACGAUUGGCUCUGUAUCAUUCUGGCAACUGAUCUCUGAGGGUUUCCAGAAGACCAGAAGCAGCAGUCCGAUUGAGAAAACUGAUCGGGGAGUAAGGCGGGGCGAACAGGAAGGAGAUGGACAGAGCAUAGCUCCAAAUCGGGACAAACUUUGUGUGUCAAAGGGCUUGGUGAUGGUUUCACUCCUACAAAUCCUCACAGAGAACUCUUGACAAGCUUCACUCUUGCAAUAUCAUCGUAAUUUCACCUUCUAGGAACUCUUCAAGGUUUCUUUUCGUUUUACUUCCUUGAGCAUUUAAGACUCAUCAAAAUUAAUCCCAGCGUAGGGUGGAGAUUGGGUCUUUCCGGAUAGGAUUAUAAGAUGGCACCAAUUUAGCAGCUUCCCACAACAGCAGGCAGAAAGUCCUUAUUUGGACUGUCGAGGUUACCCGGAUCUUCACCUGAAAGCAACAGUGGCAAUCUGCCAGCAGGACGGAGACACGCAAACCAAAAACUGGUUCAGGGGCAAUCAAGGCUUCAGACCUGUGAAAAGAAUAGAGACGUAACAGACGAGUGAAAUGUUAAUAAAAACAGAUUUUUAGGGUUUGCACAUCAUUUUAAAGAGAAUGUCAAAUUCUGAUCCAUCAGACGUCUAGAUUCCCACUGAGCAAUAGACGGCUAUUAGACUUCUAGUUUUUUUUUAGACCUAAUUUCAACCGUCUAGAUUCUGUUUACUUUUAGACAGAAUUUAGACGAUGCAAAAAUUGCUCAGUGGGCUGUUAGACCUCUGUUAGCUGGCUAGGCUAAACUCGGUCUAAAUUUAGACGUCUAAAAAAACUGUCAUUUUUAGACCUGUGGUGGUCUGAUUUUAGACCAGUCGUCUAGACUACAUUUAGACGUCCAUUAGACCUCUUCUAGACCAAAAUUGCUCAGUGGGUUUCCACGUUAGAACAUCUUUGUCAGGAUCAGGAACCACCAUAGCUCUUUGUGGUUUCCUCUGCUGGAUGCAGUAACAAACCACAGUGUUUCUCCUGCGUUCAUUCAGCAGCGGCGCACCGCCACUACCAAUGCGCCACUGAGGAUUUCUACUUGCACUGUGUGAGUACAAGAUCACACAACGAUAUUUUCAACUUGUUUUGAGUCUUUAACGAGUGCAUCAAAUCUUGUCGGACCCUCUUCCAUCAACGUAAAAGGUAAAGCUGAUACACGGUCUAUGGGGGGCAACCGCCAUUCCAACAUCCGGCCAUUCCGUCUCUAAUUGUUGGAGUGCCGGUAUGUUACCAUGCUAUCAAACGCCCCGUCAUUCCGACAGCUCUUGUCUGCUAUGGUCGGCCCUCUGCGCAGGUUUGGUGCGGGGCGGACCCAACUACGCCCAGGAUUAAAUGACGGACUCCAGAUUUGAAUGUGCCCCCCCCCCCCUUAUAUGGAAAGCUGCGUCGGAAUGGUGAGACGUCGGAGUGGCGGGAUGUCGGAAUGCUGUGUGAGUACAAGAACACAUGACAUUAUUUUUGACUUGUUUUGAGUCAUCAACGAGUGCAUCAAAUCUUGUCGGACCCUCUUCCAUCAGCGUGAAGGGUAAAGCUAAUACGCGGUCAAUAUAGCAAGUAGCAUUUAUAGCAUUAGUAGCAGUAAUAUUAAUGUGCCACUAAUGAUUUCUACUCGCUCUGUGUUAGCACAAGAACAUACAACGUUAUUUUCGACUUGUUUUGAGUCUUUAACGAGCGCAUCAAAUCCUGUUGGACCCUCUUCCAUUAACGUGAAGGGUAACGUUCAAGCUUAUUCACGGUCUGUAUAUCAAGUCGUUCCAUGAAGGCGUAUCCACUAAAGGUUCUGGGCCUUGAAUGAAAGGAUAAUGACACCGAAACAAACACUCGGAAUCAAAGUUCAGACAAAGCGAUGGUUAUAAAUCCUUAAGAUGCACUCUUUAUCUGACAGCGAGCUCUACUUUAGGUUUAAUUAUAGGGUGGACUGGCGCACAAAAGGGAGCCCCACCUGAAGCCCAAUAAAAAGAAGAACCUUGUAGCUCCGGUUUGAUUCACCGUGCGAACGUGCUGAAUGUUGUUGUUGUUGUUUUUGUUCCUGAGUCAUCCGGUUUCUUAUUUGGUUGACCUAUAAUCAGUUUGUGAGGCAAUUCAGACAUCUUAAAAGCCCCUAAAACCUCAGAUACGAAUAAUUAACUUUUUGAUAUUUCAUUUAGAUCUCCAUUAGCUUUGGCUAAGGCCAUUGUUAUGAUUCCUGGAGUCUUCAUUUACAAUUAGUUCUCCAUUGCAGUGCAAAGACACAAAAAAGACAACGUCAAUAUCCACCAAAACUUGCAACAGCCUACAAGACAAAAACAAAACAAAACAACAAAACUAGAACAAUACAAACAACAUACACAUAUGACACAACAGUAAACUUAAGACCUACCUUUUUAGUCGGGCUUUUAGUUUAAUUUUGUUUUAAUCUUUUAAUCUGCAUUAUGUGAUUUUACGCUGUUUUAGUCCUAGAGUUACUAUUUUGUGUUUUAUUACCAGUUUUUUUACAUUUAUUUUCUUUUACUGUUUGAUUUUAAAGGUCCUUUUACACCGAUUAUUUCAGACGUCAAUACAAGCGUUCACAUCAGCGAUGUUUUCCCAACAACUUGUGGAGAGUCAUAGCUUCAGAUUUCUCAUAUGACGAUGGUUUGUCUGCUUUAACAGUUUGCUAAACGUCUUUGUUUUAACUUUCAUCUGUGCUAAGUAACUUUAGCUCGUAAGCUAACCUGUUCAGAUACAACCUACCAUAUGUAUUUUCCAGAGGUGGGGGAAAGUCCCUAUGUUGCAAAUCCAAGUCGAGUCUCAAGUCUUUGCUCUCAAGACCGAGGCAAGUCCAAGUCCUUUGCUCUCAAGUCCCAGGUCAAGUCCAAGUCCUGAACUUUUUCUUUCGAGUCUCAACUAAGUCCUAGGAAUUUUGCUUCGAGUCCCAACCAAGUCCUUACCGUUUCUUUCAAGUCGAAAACAAGUCAUAUCAAAGCCAUAAACCAUUUGUGACUUGGCUUGACUUUUCAAGUCAAGUCAAGUCUCAAGUCUUUAGCAAUCAAGUCCCAAGCGAGUCCAAGUCAUUUCUUGAUUUCGUCAAGCAAGUCAAAAACGGGACUCAAGUCCAAGUCCUAGGAAUUUUGUUUCGAGUCCCAACCAAGUCCUUAUUGUUUCUUUCAAGUCAAAAACAAGUCAUAUCAAAGCCAUAAACCAUUUGUGACUUGACUUGACUUUUCAAGUCACUGGGCUCAAGUCAAGUCAAGUCUCAAGUCUUCAGCAAUCAAGUCCCAAGCGAGUCCAAGUCAUAUCUUGAUUUCGUCAAGCAAAUCAAAAACAGGACUCAAGUCCAAGUCGAGUCUCGAGUCGAGUCCAAGGUGUUCUUGGAUAGUAUGUCCUGGCAGAUCAUUCCAUAUCACUUUGGCCCUAUACAUUACCGUACUUUUCAUCUUGUUUGUUUUUACUUUAGGUAAAGUGAAUUUACCCUCCGUGGCAUGUCUUGUUUUGUAACAGUGUUCAUGUAAGAAAAUAUUUGAAGCUUUGACAGAUUCAGCCUCUUAGUCAGAGAGAUCUGAUCUUAAAAUACCAAGCUGCAACUGAUUCUCCUAUUCGUUGAAGUUUUGCACAAACUCCAACAACACCAAAAUAGUUGGUUUGACAUUGUGAAUCAAUGCGACUUCCUGCACAGACCUGCAUAAAUAGAUGGCCUAAAUGUUUUCCCGCCAAAAGCCUUAUUUGGCUGCUCCGACAAAGACCAGGAAGGCAGAACAGAACAGGGAGCAAUUAAAAAAAGAGCAGAACGAGGGAGGAAAUGGCUUGGAAUAUUAAAAAAAAAAAAAGGAUAAUGAUUAUCUGGCAGGAGAAAAUAAGUUUUAGAGAAAUUGAUGAGGUAAUGUUUUGGCCAGGAAGAGUCCCAUAUGAGUAAUGCCAGCUGGGCUCAGAAGGAGGAGGGGGCAGUAGACUAUCACAAUCCCUCCAUGGAGAGGCCAUCUGUGGGUAAACACUCCCACGCUUUCUCUCCCUGCACCUUUCCAAUUGAAGCCUGUUCACUGCAGUCGCAUUCCUUCACACUCGCACUAUAAAUAAACACACUAUAAAUACAGAUAUGAGGAUACUAGCCCCAAUAAUAUGAGAGUGAACAGUUGCAGAAGACAAAUUAACAUUUUUCUGUUGGGUUUUCAUGCAGUGGAGUUAAAUUUUUCAAAGGUAAAACUAGUAAAAUAAUUCAAGUUAUCAUGGAAAUCUCAUAUCUUGCUGCAGCGUUGGUUAAAUCCCAAAAAUGACAAUGCAAGAGACAAAAAAAGACAAGCGCUUUUACAUCAUUUUACCAAAAUCUUUAUGCAAUGUCAAAGUGAAAGUAAAAAAAGAACUUACCUCAGACUUUAGGUGUUGUUGCUUUUUGUAGGAAAAUAUGAGAUUUCUUUCACAAAGUUGGACCAUCCCAAGAGUCCGUCUUCUCUGCUACCUUCUGGUUCAGCUCUGUUCCUCCCUCUCUCUUCUCCCCAUCUCUCUCUGUUUCUCGAUUACUACCUCUCUGUUCCAGAUCCCUGCGUUCUAGCAGACGUUUAAUCAUAUCACCAGCAUCACAGCCCCGUCUGUUCUCGCAGAUCCUCGACCCCCUACUGUACCUGUUUCUCCUCCCUCUUCCUCCUCAGCUCUUCCUCUACCUCACAUCACACGAAAGAUGAGAUUCAUGUAACGCUCCAACACAAAACACAACAUAUAUAAUUAUAUAGUCUUGUUAAAUUCAGCGCAAUUCUUAUUUUAAGCUGUCAACCUACUCCAAUUUGAAACAGAUCUUUCUUAAACAGGGUUGAUCACGCAACUUGGACUCAAGUCAGUCAUAAGUCAUGAAUCGGACGCAUUUAGAUUUGACAUGAAAAAUGUAAAAUUUGUGAGGGUUGAAGGAACAUUUCACAACUCUGGUCAGAAAACAGAUAAAUAAAAAGACUGGUGUCAAACAAAAUAUCAACUUUGGACUUAAAACUUGACCUAGGAUCCAAAGCAAAGACUUUGAAACAACUUGAACAAAGAAAGAAUUGCUCAAUCUCUGGUGAUUUAAACAAUAAAAUUAGAAAGAAGAUUGGGCCCAGUAUAGAGUGAAGUGAAGCAGAGAUAAGACUUGAAAUUUAUUUGUAUUUAAACAAACAAACAAAAAAAGUUUUAUCCCUGGAUACGUAUAGGGUAGAUAAAGAAAAACAAAGGACCCAGUGUCACGCCUUGGUGCACACCAAAUGUGAAAUCUGGAGGUAAAACUCUCCAGAAGUGAAAUCAUUUUCCUAAAACACGAAACAACAUGAGUCUGAAGUUUAGACUCUCCAGAGCAUAGACAAGAUUUACAGAGAAAACUGAUUUACCCCUGAAAAUGAAUACGGUGAAUUGAGAAAAAGUUUGGGCCCGGUAUUGAACCCUGGUGUACGCCAAAUGUCAAGUGUGAAGGAAAAGGUAAAACAACGGAGUGUACAGUCCCAAAUCCAGAGAUAAGACUUGAGAUUUACUUACAUUUAAUGAAAAAAACCAAAAAGUUUUAUACCUGGAUACGUAUACAGUAAAAAGAGAAAAACAAAGGACCCAGUAUUGCGCCUUGGUGCACACCAAAUCUGACAGAGAAGGUAAAACUCUCCAGAAGUGAAAUCGUUUUUCUAAAAACACGAAACAACACGAGUCUGAAGUUUAAACUCUCCAGAACAAAAACAAGAUUUAUUUGUAUUUAAACACAGUGGAAACUGAUUUAUCCCUGAAAAUAUAUAUACGGUAAAUUGAGAAAAAAGUUUGGGCCCAGUGUUGAACCCUGGUGUACACCAAGUGGCAAAUCUUGAGGAAGAACAAUUCACCAAAAUUAAAAAACAAAAGUGUACAGUCCUAAAUCCAGAUAAUUCAGUGAAAAGACUUAUCUGACAGAAGAGGAAAACAACAAGUCUGAAGUCCAGACUAUCCUGAGCAGAGACUGAAGACUCGUUUAAAUUCAAUAAUUUUCUUGUUUCAAAUUGUUUCAAUCUUAGAAAAGUAUUGAGAGUAUAGAGAAAAAUACAGGACCCAGAGUUGAUCCCUGGUGAACACCAAAUGUCAAAUUUCCGAACGGUAAAACUUUAAAAAACUGACACCAAACUAUCUGUACGGUCCCAAGUGCCGCCCUUCAGACUGAUUUAAAUAUCAAUGAAAUAAUGACCACAUUAAUAAUUAAAAAUGUUAAAAAUGUAGUUUAAAGGUUGUUAGAUGGCAGGAAAUGAAACAGACUUUGUUUUACAAGUUCCUCAAGUAUCUUUGUCGAUAGAAUUCCCCAGUGGGGUUAUAAAUAACCGCAGCCUGAAUCAGGGGCUUUCCGUUUUGUGGUGAUGUCGGCUCAAAAUAAAAUCCUCCUCAUAACUAUUGAAUGGACUGCCUCCAAAUUUGGCGCAUCCAUUUAUAUCCUUACAAGGAUGAGUUGGCAUCAAUUUGAGAUCAUCUGGCUUUUUCUCAGCGCCAACAUUAGGAAUUUUAUCUUCUGAUGAUAUAAAGCUGGUAAUAAUAAAAACGCUGAUUCAUAAGAGUUUGAAACACUAAAAGUCCCCUUGAUUGUCCGGUGUGGACAGUACGACAAUAAUAGAUCAUUGUUACAGAGCAUUUUUAAAAAGUUGCUUCGUCAUGGAAAGAAAAACAGACAGACGUUGAAAAGAAGUAUUCAAACCUCACAAUACUCUUUUGUUUGAGUUACUGGCAGCGUGGAAGAAGCAGAUUAACCUUCAGAGGCGUGUUUCUUGUCUAAUGAGUUACCAAAAACCACAAAGGUGUGGUGCAUUUUGGGAAUGCUGUGGGUCAGUGAGUUACACCAACAUCAAAUUCUUACCAUGAAGAAAGAAAUCAGAUGUUUCUUCUUUGGGAAAUGUUUGAUUUUUUCAUCCUACACUAAAAAAAAAGGGUUUUGUUUUUGCAAAUGUGUGCAUCUAUUCAGUGCAGGAGCUUUAAGGUUGAGUUUAGAUCCCAUGGUUAAGGGUGGAGAAGACUUCGCCGACAACAACAACACAAUCCUGGGCGUGAGACUCUAAACUCUGAGCAGGUGUGAUGUGAACGGACGUGAUGUGCCGGUGAUACAAAAUGGAUAUGAACCUUUUGUGUGCGACAACAAGAGUAAAGCUAUUAGAAAAUAAUCAAACAUUGUGCUUCAACAAAAGACUCUCAAGGACACUAAUGACUGUUAAGCCGGCGCACAAAGCAGAAACGUUCAAGUGAAUUUUCAUCAUUUGUAAAGACAAACGCCUCAGUGCAUCGUUUUAUUAUUGGUCAAAAAUAAUCAAUUUUAAUUUCACUUUAAGUAAAUUUCACAAACUGGAAGUAUAGUCUAAAACAAACACGUGAUGUAUUUCUAUGCGAGUAUUAACCGGUGUGUAACGACGUUUAGUCUGUUUUCUAACUACAUAAGUCUUGGACCGACCCCCUCACGCUGAUUUCAGACAUUAAAAUAAGUUUAUAAAAAAAUAGUCUUAUUGUUUUUUGACUUGUUUGAUUUCGUAGAUCACUAAUAAGCUUGAAGAUGAAUUCCAGUUUAUUUCAUCUAUGUAAAAAAAAUGAAAAUCCCUCUACAGGAUUUUUAUCUGGGAUAUUUUUUAGGAUAUUUUUUAUACAAGAUAUUGUUAUACAGGAAUAUUAAGGCCUCAUUGCAUAUAAAUGUCCAUCCAUUUAUGUAAAAAUAUUAAUAAACCUGACGUGUUUAGAAUAAAUAACGUGUCAUGGUAUGUUCUGUUGAUUUAGUUUUCCCCUGGUUUUGUUAUCGAAGUGUUUCUGUUCCUCUCUAGUCCAGUCUCAUGAGUUUUCAGUUUGUCUUUGACCCUGUUUACCUCCUGUUCUCUGUUUUUUAUCCAUUAGAUCAGUUUUCAGUGUUUGUUUCCUGUUUUAUUUUGUAGGAGUUGAUUCCUUGUGUUCCUCGUCUGGUUUUACUUCCCUAGUUUUCCCUCCUUCGUUAAUCACUGAUGAGUUUCACCUGUGUCUCGUCUGCCUCACCCAGUGUGUGUAUAUAGAGUCCCUGUCUUUCCCUCUGUCUUGUUUGGAUCAUUGUGUGUCGAUGUGAGCAUAUGCUUGUGUCUCCAGUCGUUUCCUUGUGGUUUUUUCCCCACUGCCCUUUCAAUUCUUUGGAUUUUGCUCCUUGCGUUUUUUGGACUUCUGGAUUUGUUUGGACGUUUUGAGAGUAAGUUUUAGUUUGACUUUUACUUUUUACUUUUGCUUUCAUAAAUCCUUAGUUCUAAAUUUCUGGGUCCUUUUUCCUUUGUUUUAUGUACCAAACAUGACAUAAUGAAGAUUAAUGUAUUCAUCAUUGAUAACUCUAAUUUGUGUUUGUCUCAUAAAUUUUAACUAAAUGAAUUUUGGUUGAUCCACAGUUCAUCAUAAUUAAACUAUAUUCAUACAUUUUCAUUGAUUAAAUUAAGUUGGUUUUUGUUUUUGCCAAUUUUUGGAAAUUUAUAUGAAUUCUAAAAAAUUUCAUCAUUUAAAUAAAAUGGAUGCAAAAAAUUAUAGAAAUGUAAUCAUUUAAAUAAAAUAAAAUCCAAAUAAAUUAUAAAAAAUAAAUUUGAAAAAAUUUAAUAAUUUAAAUAAAAUCAAAUCAGUGCAAAUAAAUGAUAAUAUAUAUAAUUUUAAAUAUAUAUGGUGUAAAAAAAAUAUAAUAAAUUAUAAAUAAACUACACCAUGAUUAAUUUUUUCUGAGUAUAGGAGCUUGAAGAGAACAAUUGUAGAUGUUUUUUUACAUGAGCAGAAAUAAAAAGUGCCCAAAAAUUUUGUAUUUUUAAGAUUUCUUUUUUAUUCUUCAGUUUUAUAACUCGUAUUUCCACGAACACAUUCAAAUGUCACAGUAACAGAGUGUAAAGCAGGUGAUAAAACCUGAAUUCACAUGAAAAAAAAACUCCUUCAUACAAAAUUUUAUAAAGUAAAGAGAAAUCAUAUAAUAUAUAUUUAUAUAUAUAUAUAUUCUACAUUAUAGUAUCAGCCUAAUUCAGGCCAGUGAUGGUUAAAUACUGUUACAGUAAAUAAAUGUGUUUAAAACCUAAAAAGGUUCAAAUGUUUCUAAACUCAAAGUGACAAACGUCUCCGUUCAUGAACAAAAUCAAACGUCCGACUCGAUGGUUAUGUCCCGUCCCUGGAGAGGACAGAUGAUCAGCGGCGCCGUGUUUUUCCCGUUUUCCUGAACACAGGGGUUAAAGUACGGGUAGAGCGGCUCCGUGAAGUCGCACUCUCGGUGCGUGUAAAUGAGAGUCUUAGCGUCGGCGUCGUAGAAGGACACCGACCCUUCUUCGUAAUCCAGGUACACGCCCACUUUCUUGGGCGCUUCCUGGGAAUGGAGGGCGACGGAGGGGCUGGCGCACGCCCUCAGACUCCCGCCUUUCCUCCGACAGAUCGCCCAGAAACCGCUGUCCGGACGCACUGAGAUGGCGCCCUUCCUGUUGAUGGAUUCCCUCGCUACGCCGAGAUCCCAGUCUGUUUUAUCUCCCACCUGAAACACAGCGAGCAAAACGAAGAGUCAGACAACCGCAGAAUCAAUCGAUCGAUCGAUCAAUCUGAAUUUGAAUAGAUCUCGUACCUGAACCUCCCAGUAGCACCUGCCAGACCUGAAGCUCUGUUUCCCCAACACGCAGACGCAGGCGUCGAAUCUCUGAGGGUUAUCCGUGACGGGAUCUUUCUUCUUUUGACUGCUCACCUAAAAAAAAACCGAUAAAAUCAGCGUCACGAUCGAGAUUUUUCAGCUUCAGGUUUUCACAGAUCAACUUUUUCACCUCUAUUUUAGAAAAACUGUGAGAGACUGUUGCCGACACAAACACUUCCUUCUCCGGUUUCAUUUUUAGACCCCGCACUUCCCACGGAUCAAACGAUGUGGCGUCUUACCUUCUUUCUGUCUGGAGAGAGGAGCAGCCAGCCCGACGCCGUCUCAGGAUCCAGGGUGACGUCGACUGCAGAGACAAAGAGGGAAAACAGUGAGUCAGGUGAAAACAAAUCUACUAAUCCUGGUUUUAAAGGGUUUCUAACAAAAACGGCAGGAUGUGUGAUUGUGAGCUCACCUGCGUACUGUUGCAUCUUGUCGGCUUCUGCAGAAAAACGAGAAUAAAAAGGUUAUUUUCAUGCAUGAUUUUGCAGAAACUGAAAAUCUGUGGACUAAAUCCGCCAAAGUUUACCUUCUGCUGUGAGUUUGUUUGUGAGCUCUUGACAAACAUCCACAAGCUUGCAGAAGGAUCUGCUGACCGUCUCCAUGCAGUUAUCCGGGUGAACCACGACCUCGGUCCAAUCUCUGGUCGACGGGAGUUCACGCAGAGACGGGUAACUCUGAAAACAGAGAGGAAUCUCAUGAGCACAGUCCUUUUACACGCUUUAAAGGUGUCGCAGGUGUAGUUCAGGUAUCCCACCUGUAGGAGGUGUAGCGGGUUCUGUGUGAGCUCCAGGUGCUGCAGCUCGCUGCUCCUCAGCUGCAGCUCCCGGAUCUCCUCCUCCAGCUUCUCCAGCAGCUCCUCCGCCCUCCUCUCCGCCUCCUGCUGCCUCGCGGCGAGCUCCUCCACCAGCUCGGCCUGGUGUCUCUGCACGGCGCUGAUGAGCAGGGAGCAGACCUGAGCGCUCUUCUGGACUUCUCGCUCUUUGAUUUUCUGUCGAUUCGAAAACACGACUUUGUAAAUUUUCAGAAAAUCAAAAAAAUUAAAAGAUGAAUUUUGUGUAAAAGCGCAAACUUACUCUGCUGAGAUCCACAGAAUUCUUGAUUUGCUCCAUUUUUCUCAGUCUCGCGUUGACCAUCUGCUGAACUUCGGCUUUGGUCUCCUUCAGAUGAGACUGUAAAAGUCCAAAAACACCAGAUUAGCACAUUUGUUCAACAUCUAAAAAGCAGCAGGUGGAUAGAAUCAGCUCGGUCUUACCUUCACCCUCCUGCUGGCCUUCUCUAUGACGACCACGGCGUGCCUCUUGUGGUCCUUCUCGGCGCACUCCUCACACACCGGCGUCUGGUCCUUCCUGCAGAACUGGGUCAGCGGUUUGUUGUGUUUCCUGCAGAGGUGGCUGCAGGUGAAGGUGGCCGGGUCCGUGAGGCGGUGUCUCUGCAGCGCCGGGUCCCUCAGGUGCGGGGCGAGGUGGAGUUCGCAGUACGACGCCUGACACACCAAACACGACCUCACCGAGGUGGACUUGUGCCCGUGGCAGAUGUCACAGGGGACUUCAUUGUUGUGAAGCUGGUUCUGGUUCUGAGCCUCCUCUUCUUCUGGGUUUGGAGCUGGAGUCACCAACCUUUUAAUUUUAAAAGAAUAAUCACCUUCAGUCUUGGUUAAACUUCCUUUUUUUUUAUUCCUCUAAAUCAAACGGCGAUCGAACAAACCUUUUGAAUAUCUCCACGAUGUCGGCGAGUUCUCGGUUCACCCUGAGCUCAGGACGCUUCCUGAACGUCUCUUUGCACAGAGGACACUGAGACUGGUCCUUCGUGUCCCAGAAUCCUUCGAUGCAGUCCAAGCAGAAGUUGUGUCCGCAUGGGAUGGAGACGGGGUCGGCGUAAGUGUCCAGACAGAUGCAGCAUCUGAGCUGAACCUCCAACGGCAACUGGGUCAUCCUGUCUGCUGGGGAGAAAAAAACAACAACACAAAGAUGUGAUUCAUGUCGACCUGAACGUCCGUGAGCGAAGUAGUAAACAGAUACUGAGCGUGACUGACUCAUCGUACCAGAGGGCUGACGAGGAGUGAGUGAGUAAGAGCGAGCAGAGGAGGAAAAGUUUUACGAGAUGACUCAAAGUUGACAGACAGAAACAGUUACACACUCAGAAUGUCGUAAAAAGAAAAAAACAGCUGAUCACUGGAAAUAUACGACAAACGUGACGACUCAACGGUGCAGUUAAAGCAAAUCGUGCUGCAUCAAUGUUUUUUGCAACAUUUCCAUUUUGUAUUCUAAAGUAAAUAAUCAAAAAGUACUAAAGUGUCUAAAUAGAUGUCAAAAGUUGAAUUUUUAAGACAGUAACUUUCCACAUAAGCCUAAUUUUGGGCUUGAAAAGACUGAACAUUUUUGGAGCAUCAUGCGUUAACUUUACAUAGAUUCCAUGAUAACACACAUUCAAAAAUAAUGUGCAUUUUUAAAAUUUUUUAUAAAAAGUUCAGCAAAAUUAUUGCACAAAAGACGUCUGUCUGCAAAUAAAAAUGAAAAACACCUGACACAACCUUUUAAAAUUCUGAUUUUAACAAACAAACAUACUUUUUGACACUUCCCUUCAACAUUGCAAAAACUCGAAAUUUUGUCUUAUUUCUUCUUGAAAUCUUAAAUAAUACGUAAAAUAAUCCACAUUCACCUGAAGAUGUCUAGAUAAAUGUCUUGUUGCAUGAAAUUACAAGUGAAAAUGAAGAACAGAGUUUCUUGUAUUGAACAAAAAAAAAAAACAUAUCAAAAAUUCUCAAAAAUUUUUGUAAAACGACACAAAAUCUUAAGUGCAAAAAACAGAAAAUCUUAAAUCUGAGAGCAGAGGAUGCUUUUUUUUGGUUUGUCAUUUCUUUUGUUUUAAAUCAUGUCGCAAUUUUUUUUUCAAAACCACAGAUAAGACCAAAAAAAGACUCAAUUUUUUGUUUUUGCGGUGUAGUGAAACUAUAGAAUUGACUUAGUUAUUUAGCUCUAUUUCUUAGUAGUAUUUCUGUAUUUCUUAGUGCUGUAGUAGAUUCAGUGAAGUCUUACCUGUUUGAGUUGUCAUGUUGAGUAUCCUGAUCCUCCGCGCAGACUCAGCCUUUAAAUACUCCUCAAACAGUGACUAAUCCAAGUACAAACAAAGAGUGACUCCCAUUACCAUCUCACUCCGCCUCUUCCUCCUCCUCCUCCUCUGCAGGGUUAAGAUCCUUUAUUUCUCCACUCACAGGAUCUGGUCUUUCUGGUCUUCUGGCUUCGUCUGUUUUCGUCAUGGUCUGUCUGUCUAAAAGGCAACGUGCAGGAGAGGAAGGGCUGGGUUUGCUCAGAGGGUUUUGAGAGGGUGUGAAGUGGAAUCGUGGGAAUUCACCUGACCGGACGGUAAUUGUCUGAGCUGUGAACACGUGUUGGGGAAAGUAUCAGUUGGGUGAAUGGGGAUUUGUGAAAAGGAGGUGCUUUUUUUUUAGGUCAAGGGACUUUUUCACCUUUUAGUCAGUGGAACAGCUGAAGAAAUCAGAGGAGUUAUGGGGCGUCCAUACUAGCCGAAACCACCGGAUCAAAUAGGACUCCCUAAAAACAUUGGACUCCAUCAGCAUCCUGGUCACGAUCGGGUCUUUUGAGUAUCCGGUUAUUGCAUUUGUGCAAGUAAACCAUGCCAGAUCAGACUCCCCUACUGUCAAAGACCCGAUGUAAAGAUGGGAUAAGACUGAGACUGAUCCAUUAUAGAGAUGAACCAAUCCAUUUUUUCCCGAUCCAAUCCUAUACCGAUACCUGAGCUGAGUGUAUCGGCCGGUAUCCGAUACCGAUUCAAUAAUACUGUUGAAUGAAUGAACUGUAUACCUUGCCCUGUGAGUGAAGGCAUAACCCCAAUUUCCACCGCAUCCAGAAUGGCAGCAAUCGCGCGAUAAUGAGUCGUCUCUUAGCCACAGAGGAUAAGUGAAAUACGAUCUGCCAGAAACAUGGAGUGUUUUAUUUUGAAAAGAAGCCGGAUGUUUUAUUUUGUGUCUGUGCCCGACUUCCUUUCCAGCAAAGGCUAAUCUGUGCUGAAUUUAUCCGUCAUGUUCCGGCGUCCAGAAAAAAUAGAAUUCGAGCGAUCCACAGUGGAACAGAAAGAGGCCGGUGAAAAUUGACACAUUGACUUGAAUGGCUACGAUCGGCAGAUACGGCCUUUUCGUAGCCGUUCCGUAUGCGGUGGAAAUUGGAGGUCAGGCUUGACAUUAGCCUUGUUAAAAAAAAAAGUAACAAACGGAUAUAAAUUUAUUUAUUAUUUAUUGACAAAUUGCACAUUAGCACACAACAAAAACAAGUAAGACUUCCACGCUGGAUCGGCAUCAUUCAUCCGAUAUCCAAUCCAGUUAAUUUGUCGAUAUCGGGGCCGGUAUCCGAUCCAAAUACCCAAUCGGUGCAUCCCUAAUCUAUCUGAUCAGACCCAGUUCCAUCCCAUCUGGGACCACAGGAGUGAAACACUUUACAGCAUUUAGAAAGUAACAGCGGAGACGAAGAAGUUCCUUAGACAGGCAGAAACCUCAAGCAGAACCAGACUCAUGUUGGACAGUCAUCUGCAGAGACUGAGCUGAGGUUAGAGAGAGAUGGACAGAGGUGCUUGAGGACUCCCAGAAAAGACUGUAAACUCAAUAUCCUGGCACCCCUGCGAGUCUAAACCUGAAGAAGCAUAACUCAGGCCUGAACCAUCUCCAACUAUGAGUCCACUCAGAGGUAUUUUUACCUUUCUCCCGCCUCAUGCAUGACUGACUCUGCCUAAACAAACAGAUUAAUGAUUAAGAGGAUAGGUCUAAUGUCAGUAAUUACCCAGCGAGGAAGAGUGCAUUUCACGUUUCAGUGCACAAACAGAGUAACAGCUGUAAUCAGUGAGUUUGAGUGUUUAAUAUCUUUUGCUAAUACAUGGAGCUGAACAGGUACAACUCUUAAUGCAUGAUCUAUCCUGUAGGCUUUUGUCUCUGCAGACUGCAUUUGGAGAGAUUGAGCUAAUUACCAUCAUUAGAAAAAGGUUUGACUUAAUCGCACUCCGGGACACUAGCGCUGAUUAUGUUACGGUAACAUGAAUAAUCUGGCACGCAAACGUCACAUCCCGAACAUGAUCACAACCUUGUUAAGACGGGAUAUGUUUGUUCCGUGGAAAACACACUCGAUGACUCAUUAGCAGUUAGCAGCCAACUCGGCUAAUUAAGAGGAAAAUGUUUGUGUAUUACGCAACAGCUUUCUAAAAUGUUGGCGAAUCGCAGAGCCUCCUCCCUACAGUAAAUCUGCACUCUGUCAGGAGGAUAUUUAAGAGUCAUAAAACCAAGACUGUUUUGGUGGCUAUAAAAAAAACAAGGCUGCCACCCGAAAAGGAACGCAAUGAGUCACUUGAUACGCUGAUGAUACCGUGUUAUACGUCAGGAACACUUAGAGUGCGAGCAUGUGGCCUAUAACUCGACUUUUUUUUACGAUGAAAACAAAUCUGCGUGUGACGUUAUUGAAGGAUCUCCCCGCUGAAAAACAAAACACAAAUAUUGAAUCAGCUUAAUUUUAGGCGCUGAAUCAGAAAAAAUAGUUUGUUUUUUCUGCAGUUUGACAGUAAAUUGAAUAGAAUCACGAAUCUAACUAUAUAUUCAAAGGUUAAAACCUGGUUUGUGGGGACGUGCAGAUUUGCCCAGCAGGUUAGCGCGCCCCACCUACAGGGACUACGUUUCCUGCAGCGGUCAGGGGUUCGACUUCCUAUCAAUGAAGGCAAAAACUUACCAAAAAAAUACUUUAAAAAAAAAAGCAGGUUUGUCUAUUUUGUAUAUCACCUCAUGAGCUGAAAUCAAAAUUAUGUUUGUAAAUAUAAUCAGAAUUUUUACCAUGACUGCAUAAAAAUUGGUUUUCAUUACAUAAAAAUAAUUAAAUCAUUAUUAUAAUCGUAACUAUCAGCGUAACCACGUUAUGUUACAGCGUAAUUGUAACUUUUCAGACUUGUCUUAAGUCUAGUUCCUGCUUUUGUGUUGGAUCUACGUUGUCACUUCGCUGUUGUGAGCAUCACAUACUCUCUGAAUUGGAGUGUCUGUGUUUCACUGCAAUACUCCUUCGAAACACUAGUUGGCAGUGCAAUGUUUACACUAGCCAUUUUGCCAGUUUCUAGUCCUGCUAUGUUCCCUCCUUGUUUGGAAACCAUGGCCUUAUAUUGCGUUGUAAUUUUGAAAACAGUAGAAAAAGUAGACGGGCAGCAGAAGAAGAGGACUGUAAAAAAAGCAGCUAACCGAACAUAACCAAACUCAGAAUUAAAGCGUCUUACUCCCAAUUUCAAACAGAUCAGGAACGGCUAUGUAAAGGCCGUAUCCGCCGAUCGUAACCAUUCAAGUUAAUGUGUCAAUUUCCAUUAAUUUCUGCGCAUUAAUUUCUCCUCCAUUUCUUGCGUUUAUUCUUGCAUUAAUCGGCCUUUUUGAGGAAAAUCAAUCUUCUAUAAUCCGAUUUGUUGCCUGACAGGAAACAUGUUUGACAUACUUUCUGAAACACUUUCUCAUCUCCUUCUGAAAGCCUACUUUUGUUGCUAACGUGGCAGCCGGAGGCAGAACAGCAGGUCUAGUCUGACAUUUAAGAUCUUUGACAUCUUUACAUUCGAAAAUAUGAGGAAUGAUUUAAGCCGUAAUCAGGUUACACCUUCAGGUUAUUCCUUUAGUUUCAAUUCUGCUAAAGUUAAAGAUUUGACAAGAUGACGAGCAAGAUGUCUCUGCAGGGCGCAAAAACAGAGAAAAAAUUCCAGCUCAGUUUUGUGGCUGAUUUAACGAGCAAUUCAAACGGAUCAAGAAAACACAGUACGGAUUGAUUUUUACUCUUUAAUGGACGAAAGUAAACAAGUCAGUGGGCCACUAUGUUAGUCACCAGUGUGUCAGAUGGUAUCAGGUCAGACGUGUGUUUUGACUUUUCUCCAAACAGGACUUUCGUGUCACUCGUACUUUUCUUCAAAUUCCACUUCUCCUCCUCUGACAACAAACGCAAACAGGCGAGAAGUCGUGCGUCAGAGGGGAGAUGAGAGAAUGUUGCGUACGUGAAGUAGAGUGUUUAAGAUCGUUCGAUAAGGAACUGUCAAAGUUAAAGCGAGUUUUAUCAAAUACUUUAAGAUUCUCUGAUGGGCUGAUUCUCUGGUGAGAGCAGAAAUUGAAACACAAAGCUAGCAAGUUAUGGCAGACAAGGCUAGCAUGCUUGUUUGGUUAACGACGAUUAAAGAUAAUGUCUUGCAUCGUUGCAGCAAAGAUGACCUUUUCAGUUGUCAUUUGGUAUUUGGUGGUUUGGUCUUGAAGACGCUACACUCACCGGCCACUUUAUUAGGUACACCUGUCCAACUGCUCGUUAACACUUAAUUUCUAAUCAGCCAAUCACAUGGCGGCAACUUGGUGCAUUUAGGCAUAUAGACAUGGUCAAGACAAUCUCCUGCAGUUCAAACCGAGCAUCAGUAUGGGGAAGAAAGGUGAUUUGAGUGACUUUGAACGUGGCAUGGUUGUUGGUGCCAGAAGGGCUGGUCUGAGUAUUUCAGAAACUGCUGAUCUACUGGGAUUUUCACGCACAACCAUCUCUAGGGUUUACAGAGAAUGGUCCGAAAAAGAAAAAAUAUCCAGUGAGCGGCAGUUCUGUGGGCAGAAAUGCCUUGUUGAUGCCAGAGGUCAGAGGAGAAUGGCCAGACUGGUUCGAGCUGAUAGAAGGCAACAGUGACUCAAAUAACCACCCGUUACAACCAAGGUAGGCAGAAGAGCAUCUCUGAACGCACAGUACGUCGAACUUUGAGGCAGAUGAGCUACAGCAGCAGAAGACCACGCCGGGUGCCACUCCUUUCAGCUAAGAACAGGAAACUGAGGCUACAAUUUGCACAAGCUCAUCGAAAUUGGACAAUAGAAGAUUGGAAUAACGUUGCCUGGUCUGAUGAGUCUCGAUUUCUGCUGCGACAUUCGGAUGGUAGGGUCAGAAUUUGGCGUCAACAACAUGAAAGCAUGGAUCCAUCCUGCCUUGUACCAACAGUUCAGGCUGGUGGUGGUGGUGUCAUGGUGUGGGGAAUAUUUUCUUGGCACUCUUUGGGCCCCUUGGUACCAAUUGAGCAUCGUUGCAACGCCACAGCCUACCUGAGUAUUGUUGCUGACCAUGUCCAUCCCUUUAUGACCACAAUGUACCCAACUUCUGAUGGCUACUUUCAGCAGGAUAAUGCGCCCUGUCAUAAAGCUGGAAUCAUCUCAGACUGGUUUCUUGAACAUGACAAUGAGUUCACUGUACUCAAAUGGCCUCCACAGUCACCAGAUCUCAAUCCAAUAGAGCAUCUUUGGGAUGUGGUGGAACGGGAGAUUCGCAUCAUGGAUGUGCAGCCGACAAAUCUGCGGCAACUGUGUGAUGCCAUCAUGUCAAUAUGGACCAAGCUCUCUGAGGAAUGCUUCCAGCACCUUGUUGAAUCUGUGCCACGAAGAAUUGAGGCAGUUCUGAAGGCAAAAGGGGGUCCAACCCGUUACUAGCAUGGUGUACCUAAUAAAGUGGCCGGUGAGUGUAUGUUGUAUGAAAGUUUGGGGCCAGCUGCUACAGUCUGUUGGCUUAACGUCAGGAAAAAUGCCAAUUAACGUUGUCUGCAGAUGUGCGGCGGAAGCUGUUUUCAUGUUUUCUUUGACUGAAGUUGCAAUAGGGUGACCGUACGUCCUCUUUUACCCGGACAUGUCCUCUUUUUGGGAGGGCUGUCUGGCCUUGUCUUGCUUUGUCGGGGGGAGUUUAUAAAAUCCGUCAAAUAUCCAGGAUUUUGUGUGGAAGUUUCAAGUUUGUGUCACGUGGACUUACUGAGUUCAGGUCCUGACACACAGGGGCCGACGCAAAUAUAGAGGAUAUUUUCCUGGGGAAAGUCCCGCCUCCUUCACCUCUGACUGGCUAGAAAAGCUGGAAACGUCAUCACACGCUCAAGCCAAACGGUCAGCACUUAUAGCCAAUCAGAGGCGAAGGAGGGCAGGACCGGGGGGCAACAACCAUUCCGACAUCCCGCCAUUUCGACAUUGGUCUCUAAUUGUUGGAGUGGCGGUAUGUUACCAUGCUAUCAAACAUCCCGUCACUCUGACAGCUCUCAUCUGCUAUGGUCCCUCUGCAGCUACACUCGGGAUUAUGUGAAUGCGCACCCUCCCCCAUAUGGAAAGCUGCGUCGGAAUGGUGAGAUGUUGGAAUGGUGAGAUGUCGAACUGACAGCAUGUCACCCUGUCAAAGCACACAAACCACAAGUUGUCCUUUAGGUCGUUAUCUUUUGUAAUGUUUGUGUCUUUCAUCUGACACGUAAACAAUCAGCCGGUCGGCCAUGUUGGAUAUACCGGUGAUACUGACGUCGCAACAACACGCAAUCUGAUUGGUCAGAAGUGGACACACAGUAUGCGAAACUUUAGAAAAAUCAACCGUGAUACAGAAAAAUAAAUGCCGCAUAUCGCAGGAUGGGAAAAUGUUGCUGAUGUAAACGCUUGUAUUGACAGGAUAAAUAAUUGCACAAAAAAAACUGGUCCCAGUGUGAAAGGACCUUUUUUUAGAGGCGUGUAAAAGACACUCAAACUGAAUUAACUAUGCGCGACUCCGUGACUCCACCCCCGCGUAGUGGUGUCCUCUUGUUGGGCAUUCAGAAUACGGUCACCCUAGAUUUAUAGAGGUACACAAAAAACAAAAAGUCUAAUGUUUCUUUUCUAGCAGCUCAGUUUGGUAUUUAUUUUCUCAGAGCGCUUACAUAUCCGUCCGAUGAGUAAAUCCUGUCUGGUGGGUUUCAGGAGCCCGUUUCUGCACGGUGAGCUUUUUGAGUUGAGUUGCAGGUGUAAAUAAAAAAUCUCCCUGUGGGUUCAUUAAUUAAGAAGCAGUCGGAAGUGAGCCAAUCUAACCCACACCUUUCCUCAUCAUCUAAUUACAACUCUGAGUAGUAGUCGAGACUGCACAUGUCCAGGACAUGAGGCAUCCACGCCUGGCCGACUUGGCCGUAAAUAAAAUAUGAAUCAUAACGCCCACAUGUGUGCAACGACAGACACGUGUUUACAAAUGACUGUCUACCUUUUUUCGGUUGUAUUUUGAAUAAAACUGCUUUGAGAAAAGACUCUUUGUUAAUCCUACUUCUUUGUUUUCCUUGAGAUGAUGCUUCAUGUAUUUUGAAAUCUUAUCACAUCAUAACAUCAAGUUCUUUGAGUCCCAGCCCAGGAUGGUGGAAACAACAACUUGCCACACACACAGAUGUCACGUUUUAUUCUAGCGGUAAUGAUAUGGUUUGUCUAAGUCGGUCACAUUGAGGUAAAAGUAAAUGAGGCUCUCUAUCAGUUGGCGUCGAAAUUUGAACUCAAUCCAAACAAGAAUAAAACAGGCCAUUGCUGUGAAAGAAACAGAGAUGAGAUUUUGAUUCAUUCCCAAACUUUAUAAAAACUCAUCCCUUUUACUCCAAACCUCGCCGGUUUAAAUUAGUAUCCAGUAAACAUCUUGUGGGAUUAUCUCCACAUUCCGCUCAAACCCAACAACGUCAUUGCGGAUGUUUUGCCGUGUGAGGUCUGCCGUCAGUAGCCGUGUUUUCAUCUGCAAAAUUUCUUGAUCUGAUUUAAAAAUUUGAGGGAUCCGAACAUCUGAAUCCACUGUUUAUAUGGCUCAAAUCAAAUAAUCCGAUCAUGACGUGCGUAUUCAUGCACCAAACUUAAUUCAGGUUAGAAUCAUUUGGACAUGUGCAGAGUUGCCAAACCAACAAACGCGUUGGUGGCUCAAAUCAUCCGAUUCUUGAUUUUUCCCUUCACUCAGAGUGGAUCUGGGCAUGGUUCUGAGAGUGCUUGUAUUGCUCCUAGCGUACAUGACCGCCAAGCGGGUCCAGCGGCACGAACUGAUCCUUUGUUAGCAAGAAAGUUGUGUCAGACACAGACUAAUCGCUCUUGGAUCUCGCCAUGUUUACGUCUUGUCACUAACGGCGGAAAUGCGUCAUGUUGACGUACGGCACAAACGUGCAGUCAGCUUAGUUUUGCCACGAUCGGAAUACUUCUUUACAUGGAAGCGUUUCGGCGUUGGUGGCUCAAAUCAUCCGAUUCUUGCCCUUCACUCAGAGUGGAUCUGGGCACGGUUCUGAGAGCACUUGUAUUGCUACUACUUGGUUUAACUAAUGAGGAGCAUGGAUGAUGGUGGUCGGAUGCCAAAGUUCAUAGAAACUUUGAUUCUCAGCAAUCCCAGCAAUGACUGCAAGAGUUUCUGUAACAUUUAAACCAGUUUUCAAAGAUUUGCACGGUAAAUGUUUGCGUUCGGUUUGACUUUGUGGGCUGGAAAAUGGUCGUGAAACAUGGAGGACUUUAUUUCUGGGGUCUACUUCCACUGCAGAUAUCAGGAGUUGAUUCCUUGUCACAUUGAGGUAAAAGUAAAUGAGGCUCUCUAUCAGUUGGCGUCGAAAUUUGAACUCAAUCCAAAAAUCCACAAAAGACUGUGAGCUCAAGUUGUCUGUGUCAUAGACAACUUAAGUGAAGACGGCACGAUAGCAACACACAGAGCCACGCACUCAACCAAAACGCCACUCUAUAGCCACAAAUAAUACUCAGAACAGCACCUAACUUCAUCAACAGGACAUAUAGGGUCCCAGCCACUAAACAUCUUUUUAACUUUGCCAAUUUUUUUUUAGCAAAGAGACUAAACACAACUCACCUACUCUCUUCCAGCAGCCGCUUGUUUGUAGUGAGACCUCAGGCCAGUGGAGCAGCUCAAGGAAGAACAUUUAUGAUCAUUUCUUUAUCAUUUCCUUAAACUAAUAAUCAUCAUAUUAAUCAAUUUUCUCUGCAGACGUGGUAGUUCUUCUGCCUUAGUGUCUCGGUCUGAUUGUUUUUCCAUGAAGAAAUGAUCAUAAAUGUUCUUCCUUGAGCUGCGUCACCCCGCAGCAGUUUGUAACGGACUGGCCUGAGGUCUCGCUACAAACAAGCGUCUGCUGGAAGAGAGUAGGUGAGUUGUGUUUAGUCUCUUUGCUAAAGAAAUCAGUCAAAGUUAAAAAGAUGUUUGGUGUCUAGUACUAUGUCUGGGACCCUAUAUGUCCUGUUGAUGAAGUUAGGUGCUGUUCUGAGCAUUAUUUGUGGCUAUAGAGUGGCGUUUUGGUGGAGUGUGUGGCUCUCUUCAUUGCUAUCCUGUGGUCGUUACUAAAGUUGGUAUAACUAGAGAAGCAAGCGGUCAGCAACAUUCAUCUCUCGACGAGGUGUCUAACUCUGUGUUAUUGUUUAAGUUGAGUUAAAAUUAUUUUUUAAUUAGACAUCUUUAGACGUGUCAGAUAGAAAGAUACUGACAUAAAGUUGACGCUCAUGUAUGCGGGCAAACUAUGAGCGAAGGCGUUCGCCGAGGCUGCUUAUGUGAAAUGACACAGUAAAAGAAAACUGAAGGUAGAGGUUUUGUAAUGUUUUAAAACCCAACAUUAAACUUCAAUGUAAACAUUUAAACCAGUUAUCAAAGAUUUCCACGGUAAAAGUUUGUGUUCAGUUUGACUUUCUGGGCUGGAAAAUGGACUUGAUUUCUGGGGUCUACUUCCACUGCAGAUAUCAGGAGUUGAUUCCUUGUUUUGAAAAUCCAACUUUACUUUUUUAAGGUGAGGCUGAUGUGCAAAAAACUCAUCAAGCAAACAACCCACUAAAGACAGUUUCCACCUGGUACUUAAAUGUCACCUUUAUCAGCAGGCACGUGAGACUUCACAGGGACGGUAAAACUCACUAAUAACAGACAAUUCAGUCUUGCACAUGACUUCUCUACAGUAUUUAUUUCGCUGUCAUCCAGGUGAAUACAGUUUAAUUUAUGAGCUUGAAGUCAUUGGGCCACAUUCUUUCUCUGGAUGUUUAGCCGCCGCCUAAAGGUUAUCCACCUCUGAACAUGACUUCACCCAAAAAACUAUAUUUACGCCGCUCUCUGUGCCCUGUAGGUGUUUACAUUUUGUCAAACAAUGACAUCUGAUAUGACAGUAAGGAUCUCAAACUGGUGUUCAUCACCUGUUGAAACUGUGUUUCCUUGAACAUAAAACUGUUGAGUUUUUUCCACACGUGAGGAAAGGCCACGUUAACGCUCCUUCUCGGCCCCCUAAGCGAACUGAACUAGUCUAAACCAGACAAAACCUCGUCAAAAGCCCCGAUCAGACUUGUAUAUAGCUAAAAGGACACAUUUCUGAUUAAACCACAGGCAUUUUCUCCAGCCCUGACCUAGUUCACCUCCUUUUUGUUUCAGACCACAUGAAAACAAUACUUCUUGAAGAUCCACCUCUUUCUUUUAUGGGUUGCGCUCCUUGUGGUCUACGAAUAACAGCCAAAAAUCUGGGUGUAACUACUGGCUGUGAACUUGGACGUAGACAAACAACAACCAUCACUCAGUCAGUGAACUGAAUUCAUUAUUUUCUUCUCAUGUCAUUGUUAAAGUUGAGUUAAAAUUAUUUUUUAAUUAGACAUCUUUAGACGUGUCAGAUUGAAAGAUACUGACAUGUAAACUAAAGUUAAAAGGUUAUUUUAUCUCCUGAUUAAUGAGCUGUACACAAACAAAGCUGCACUAAAUGGGAACACUAAUACGUAUGUGAACUUGUGUGAUAGAGUUGACCCCGUUUGCUGAAAACAGUCGCAUACUUAUUGUCUCGUUACGAACAGAGCUGAGCGGCAUCCACUGUGGCUGGCACAUUUAUCUCGCCUCGAAAUAUCUCUUUAGAGAUUUCAGUCAUUUCUGUUUUAGAGUUAAUUAUUCCAGUAAUGAACUAUUCUGCUCUAAAGCCAACGACUCUCUUCUCUUAAUCUGACUUUAAAGGGAUAUUCUGGCAUAAAAUCAAUUAAGGGUCAAACACUCUGUGACACCGAGUUAGACACCCCCUUGAGAGACGAAUGUUGCUGACCGCUUGCUUCUCUAGUUAUACCAACUUAAGUAACAACUGCACGAUAGCAAAACACAGGACUGAGGAGCCAUAAACAAACCUCAACCAAAACGCCCCAAAUAAUGCUCAGAACGGCACCUAACUUCAUCAACAGGACAUAUAGGGUCCUAGUCAUAGUACUAGACACUAAACAUCUUUUUAACUUUGCCUAAUUUCUUUAGCAAAGAGACUAAACACAACUCACCUACUCUCUUCCAGCAGCCACUUGUUUGUAGCGUGACCUCGGGCCAGUCCAUUAUGGACUACAGUGGGGUUUCGCAGCUCAAGGAAGAACAUUUAUGAUAAUUUCUUCAUGGAAAUGCAAUCAGACCGAGACGCUAAGACAGAAGAACUACCACGUCUGCAGUGCAAAAUGAUUAAUAUGAUCAUUAUUACUUCAAGGAAAUGAUAAAGUAAUGAUCAUAAAUGUUCUUCCUUGAGCUGCGACACCCCGCUGUAGUCUGUAAUGGACUGGUUCAAGGUCUCUGUGCAAACAAGCGGCUGCUGGAAGAAAGUAGGUGAGUAGGUGAAUAUAUAACUUGUUCUUGUUUUUCAACUUGGAUAAAAAGCGUCUCUCAAAACUACUCCCACAUGCAGCUCCUCUUGGAUCUUAUUUAGUGUUUCAAACAUUUCAGUCCAACGAUAUUUAUUUCAACAUUGAGGAAGUUUCUGUUUUUUCUUGACUCUGAGUUUUUGUCAUUUUAAAUCAUGAUCUUUUGUUACACCACAGUGCAGCUAAACUGUUGAACUCGGUGGCAGCUAACGUGAAGGAGGUUAAGUACAUGUUCGUGCAAACUCAAGAAGCUCAGGGUUCUCAUGUUUCCCUCUUGAUUGACGGGCUCAUUUAGUUUCUGCACUUAUGAAAACCUGCAAGACCACAUCUGAUGAUAAAACGCGUUUUAACCCAGUUUCAUAGCAGGGAUUAUGUUUCAUGAAAGAAUUUAAGUGGUUUUGAAAAACUAAAUGGUUUUGAUCACCUUUUUUUCUUGCGUGAACAGGCGGAAAUAUUUGACGGCAAGUGAACCGUCCAGUCUUGAGGUUGACUUGUUUUUCACCAUAGCCUACAUUGUCCUAUCGACCAAGACAAACAGGAACACACCCGCCGUCGUCCUAUUGUGAUGGCCUCGCUAUCAGGUCGCCUCGGAUCCUCCUCAUUCACCUCUAACCACCGAGACAGCCUUUUGUUUGAGCGUCUUUUUUCACAGAGUCAUGAAAGGAAAUUUUCUUCACGGUGUCGCGAACGAACACUCUUGCACAACAGACGCCUCAGAUGUUAUGCACCGCUGUAACAAUAGGAACUGUCAUGUCUGAACAUAUAUCAUCUUCAUCGUUGUGUAAUUUGAUACUGAUGUUUGUGACUCAGAAGAGUUUGAACAGAUCACCGGGACAAAACGUACUUAUCUGAUCGUCCUUAUCUGUCCGAUUGGGGUCAGUAAACUUCUUCACAUUCGACUCACUGUAACCCUGUUUUUAAGUCUGUUUCGACUUUUCCUUAAACAAUACUUUAAAAAGUCGUGUUCAUUUUAAACCGCGUCAAAAAGUUUUAAAAAGUGAAUAAAAGAAAAGUCUAAUGCAAGAUAACCAAACUGUUUGGACGAUAAACUGGAUUCAACUCGAUCACAUUAAAACAGAGUCAUGAAAUAGUCCAAAAGUUACAAUUUUCUCAUUUUUAUAAAGUUAAGUUGAUCCAUUAAAACCAAUAAAACUGUUAGACAGUAUUUGCAUGUUUGUCUUUUAUUCAUGUUUUACCACCAACUGCAGAACCAUCUUCGUGGCAUAUCGACUUAUUUUCAGCCAACCUGCUUCGACAACCCUAAUCCCAAAAGAAGCUGGGAUGCAGAAAUGUUAAAAAAAGCAGAUUAGAUUCUUUUUUUAACUCUAUUUAUUUUGAAAAUUCUUAAAAUACGUGUUAAAAAUUAAAAUUGAAAAUGCAACAAAACGUCAAAGUUGUGUAAUUCUGGAAAAAAAACAACAACUUUGGAACAUCUCCCAACCAAUGAGGUUCGUUUGCUACAGGUCUGAGAUAUAAUUAGGUGUAAAAUUGGCACUCGAAGGAGGGCGAGUCUAUCAGGAGUGUGAGAGACUGUGUUGGAAAAUAGGUCAGCAGUUUAAGAAUAAUUCUCUUCAACUCAUCAUCUGUUCUCAUCAACUGGCACUCAUGACAUUGACACACCAGCAGUAUUACAGUAACAGUGCUUAAAUCCUAACAUGUUCAUCCUCUUAUAAACAACUUCAAGGGAAGCUCAGGCUGGUUACAAGUUUUAAAAGAACUUUUUAAGUAAAGUGCUUACUUACAGAUGUAUAAAUUUACUUUGAGUUUGUCUGGUAGACCCCACACUACGGAGCUGAACUGUUGUAUUUUUGGAUUAGGUAGAGGUUGCCAAGCUAAAAGAACCGGUAUGUGGACUUUCUUGUACCCGUUUACAUUUAGCCAUUCUGCUUUUCCAUUGGGAAGAUCUUAUGUUAGCAUUUAAGCUAGCUACCACACGCUAGGUCAGGGGUGGGUGAGUAAUUUUUACAUGGGGCCACAUGAGAAACCUGAACUGUGUUGGAGGACUGAACCAACAAUAUCUUCAACUUCAAGCGGAUUUAGUAACUAUAAGGCGUCUACACAUAUUUUGCCUAAGUUUAAACUUGUCUCUGUUCACCAAUGCAGAUCUAGGAUUUACACACAUGCGUCCAAACGGAAAUAAAAAAAACUGCUUGUUUUCCAAAAUAAAAGCAACACACUGGUAUAGCAUGUUGAUAAUUUGUUUGACAGACCUCCCAAAGGGCUGGAUGUGGUCCUCAGGACGUAAAAUGCCCAGGUCUGUGCUAGGUGCAGUAAAUCAGGCCUCAGCUGCUCCAAAACUCAAAAUAUUAAUCUUAUUACAAAAUGUAUAACAUAUGAUUUCAUUGCGUAAGAAGGAGCACAUGGUUUGAGAAGAAGUUAAGGUGAUGAAAUUGUCAAGCAAAUUACCGAAAUGUCUAUAAGCUCAUAAGCCGGAACUGGCCUUUCGCCAACAGUUGUACAGUCGUCUUAAUUAUCGUAUACAAUGAAUGUACAAUGAUUUAAUGAUGCUUUAUAUUAUCUAGAUCAUCUUGUUCAACCAAGAUGGCGGUAUGUGCUAUUUCUGUACCCUUUGUGUUCACAUAAUAGAAAGAACACAUGCAUUCAGUUUGAACCCUGAGUUUUCCUUUUCUCAGUGACAAAAAAACAUAUUUUCAUAAAGUAGGAGUGCACUCACUUUUUAGGUCACUCUGGGACCAGGGUUCCUUCAAAGUUGGAAUUUCCAUAACCUACGUUUUGGAAUUAUUUUUGGAGAUACCUACUUUUCUACUUUAGAAAACAGUAUUUUAGAGCUGUGGUAAUAGUCUGGAAACAUAAAUGUUUUUCCAGACUUUGUUUUUCAUUUUCCAAACUUUUUAAGACCUGGAAAUUGAUCAAAUUUAUUUCCGUACUUUUCCAUAUUUGCGUAGGAAGCCUAUGUGACUCUGUUUAGGAGAGUCAGAAACUUUAAAUGAAGUUAAACUUGUAUUUUUUUUAAUGUGGAAUUUUCAGCAUAGUGUUAUUCUCUUCAUUGUGUUUCCUCAUACGUAUAUAUGAGGCUGAGAGAGAGGUUGGUUUGUGUACUUAGCGGCCAAUGGAUUUUUGUUUUCAAAUGAAGAAACAAAAAUCGGGAGAUGAGCCGUCUCCUGACGACCGGAUGGGAAUUGGAAAAUGAAAAACGGAAAACAAACCAUUUUCUGUUUCUCAUUUUGAUCUUAAGAAUCAGAGAACAAAAAAACAACUCUGUAUUUGACUUUCUUUGUCGUGAGGCGGAAGUUGUGACUUGGAACGAGAGGCUCGUUACCACAGUAGCACCCUCAGGUCACGACAAACAAGUGAAUAAAACUUCAAACACAAGAUUUCCACGCACGUAUUUCGAUCUUCGAUUUCCGUUGAAAACCACGUCACAGGAAGUCAAGUACUGAGUUGUUUUUUUUUCGUUCCGAUUUUCAUGAUCAAAAUGAAAUAUGGAAAACGGUUUGUUUUCUGGUUUUUUUUGUCUGAUUCCCUACUGGUCGUGGUUGUUGAACAUCUCCAACUCCAUCUUUUUCCAAAUUUGGCACUGUUAACAUCCAAUACUGUAUAAGAAAAGAAAUCUUGGGCUGAUUAUAGUGGUUUUCGGGUCAAAAGGACUUCCAGAGACAGUUAUUGUCAUCCAUAUUGGUUUAGAGACAACAGUACUUUGAGUAUCCAGCACAAUGACUUACCUAUGACUAUUAUGUUUCAGUUAAGACUGAGUCGCUUUAAAGCACACAGAGUUUAAGUUUCCUUUUGAUUUGCACAGGUGUGCAGACGUUGCAUUUCCUUGGAAAUGAAAGGGAACGAAAAAGGUGAACAAUGGUCUGAAGGCUGGUUAUGCAACGAGAAGGGUAUGAAUGUAAGAAUGCAGAGCUGAUCGCAAAUGUGAACCACAGGUUUUAUCCCUCAUCUACCCCCAUAACAGCAGACAGGCCUAUCCAAAGCUCAACCCGGUAUAAAGGUUGUGAUUCAGAGAGAUAAAGAGGUCUUUUUAGGUGGACACAUUUGUUUGUAUUUCACAUCUCUUUGUGCUUUGAGUUUCUGAAAUUUUAGAAACUUGCAGGGUUCCUACGCAAGUAUGGAAAUAAAUUUGAUCAAUUCCCAGGUCUUCAAAAAGUAUGAAAAAGGGUUUACUUUUCCAGACUAUUACCCCAGUUCUAAACUCCUGUUUUCUAAAUUAGAAAAGUAGGUAUUUCCAUAAAUAUUUCUAGAAAGUACGGUAUGGAAAAGUUUGGAAAUUCCAAAUGUGCAGGAACCCUGAACUUGUCGGGGGUAUUUGUUGCAUUCUUAGGGUUACAGGGUCAGGGUGGUAAUGAUAAGCAGACUUUUGUUUGAAAUGUUUCUCCUUUAAACCUCAGACCAGGGGUGGGUAAUUAUUUUGGCUAAAGGGCCACAUUGGGUUUUAGAUAUCAAUUGACGGGUAGGCCAGGUGUUCACAACUACCAACAGUCAUAGUCCUUAAACUCUGAGCUCAUAUGUUGUCACAUGUAAGAUCGUCAAAGUUAGAAAAAAACAGGAUCAAUCCCUGACAAGCUACGAUAGGAUUACCGGAACCGUUACAUACCCCUCCUACUUUGUCCGAUCGACGAGCGCCCCUUUCAACCAUGUGAUGCUGCUCAGAAAGUUCGGUGCGCUUUAGAAACAAGUGAUAAAUGCAACAAUGUUGCGACUUUCAGCUCCCCAAUCGAACCGAGUCCGCUUGGUCAGGUGUGAAAGCGAUCUAAUAUUGGAUUGUUUUCUGGUUGACCUAUCGAGACACAUACAAAAACAACUGACAAACAUGUUAUACAGCUUUGUUGCUGUUGUAUGUACGAUAGCCUCAUUAUGGCGACCUGUUCAGGAUGUACGCCAAUUUUUUUUACCCACUUGUUAGCUCGGGUACCACAUGUGAUCCAAAAGUUAUUUCAAGAAAACUGGUUGUACUCCUAGAUACAGUCUUUACAGAGAUCCUAAAUCUGUUCGCCAUGAGCAAGUGUUUGGCAGACAUCUUGGAGAGCAGCCACUGUGUAGGCCGAUAAAGAGGGAUAGAGGGAGGAACCAAAAGAGACGUAUGAAUGGGGAAAACAUCACAAUAGGUGGUUUGCAUGUAGAACGCAACAUGGGAAUGAGGGAUCGCCGAAAUCUAUAGGUCUUUACUUGGCAAGUACCAAUGUUGGGUGGAUUGAUUAGAAAGGAUGUGAUAUUUCUGAAGCAGUAUCAUACACUCGCUUUCAGCAAGGAAGGCUAAAAAUGGAAGCAAAUUCACAGUGCUGUUUGUCUUUGUUUUGAACUCUCGACACCUCUUGUACGACACUAGCUUUUUCAUCCGCAGCGCCAGCCUGGACUCCUCUCCUGGCCAGUUGAUGCAUCCCAGUUCAGAAUCUCACGAGGCCCUUUCUGUUUCCAAAAAGCAGCCUGAUUUAAUCCAAAUUUAUCUCAGCCAGUGUGUUAGUGUUCAGCUUUCAGUGCCCCUAAAAAUAGACGCAGGACAGUCAAAUGAAGUGUCAGAUUAAUGAAACAACAGCCAGAGGAUAAAAGUGGCCAAACCUGGAUUACCUGCGCCACAACUGUGAAACAUGGGAACCAGAAUCACGAACACGAGCCAAACCAACGAAGAUGUUUUUUUAACAGUAAACCUGUCAAAGAAGAUUUGAAGAAUGAAACCAAACACGGCGCAUUAGUGUGUGUUGACAAGAGAGGCUUUGUCUGCAGACGGAGUGAAUCACAGACAAUACAACACUCAGAGGUGCAUCAGUGUGUGUCAAUGCCGUGCAGCCGGUUCCUGUCGCAACACACACACACACGCGUGCACGUCUUUAAUACUCAGUGAGGACAUUGUCUUGGAGGUUCUUUGUGUGGACGACCAUUUAAAGAGAAGCUGGAGACAAAGUCGAAGUUAAACUAUCAUCAGGAGGUUUUAAAGAGUCAAAAUAUCACUUUAAAUACAGAAAAUAUAUUUUGUUUGGGAGGAAUGUGCAAAAUGUCCACAUGAGCAAAAGAGUGUCCUCAAAAAGAGAGGGUUGGUCCACCGAAGUAAAAAAAAAACCAUGACACAGAAACACCUCUGAGAGUUUUCACCUCAGGUCCAUCAUGAAAUAACCCCACAGUGUCUGAUACGCUCCCUGUAAGUGGCUCCUGCAUUUGUGACAAACAGGCGCCACCUGCUGGUCGUGUCAAUGUACAGCAGCUUCACAAAUCACAGCAGGUGAAAGAGGUCCCAUGUGAAGUUUGUUGAAAGCUGCUCUGUUCAUGUUCUUAAAACUUCUCUCACAGCGACCUCUAGUGGCCGAAUAUGUAGAAGAGCAUCCAACGAAUAAAAAAGGAACUUUAAAACAGUAAUCCAUGCCUCCCAUCUUGGCCUCCCUCCACUGGUUACCUGUGCAUUUUAAAGUUAAUUUUAAGAUUCUUUUAUUUGUUUUUAAAUCUUUAAAUGGUCUGGCUCCAUCUUACCUCUCUGAGCUUCUCCACCCCUGCUCGCUCGGUGCCUCAGAUCAGCUGAUCAGCUGCUCCUGGAGGUACCGAGGUCCAAACUGAAGCUCAGAGGGGAGAGAUCUUUUUCUGUUGCAGCCCCAAAACUAUGGAACGAGCGACUCCUCCAAAUUAGACAAGCCCCCACACUGUCCAUUUUUAAAACUCAUCUUAAAACCCGUUUCGGCUCCUGUUUUAGUGUUUUUUGGUUUGUUUUUAGUUCUUUCUUUCUAUGUUUUUAAAUUAGUUUUUAAAAACAUUGAAACUAUAUUUUACUUUUUAAUAUCUGCUUUUAUUUUAUCCAUUGUUUUGAUUGUUUUUUUAAUUGUUUAUCACGUCUUUGUUGUUUUGUCUAUUUAUGUACAGCACUUUGUUUGGCUGUGGUUGUUUUAAAGUGCUUUACAAAUAAAGUUGAGUUGAGUAAACGACAAAAUGAAGCCCACAAAAAUCAAAUUUUUAUAUUGUUUUGUGAAUUUGUCUUUAUUCAGCUAAAAUAUACACAAUCUGUUCAACACUUUAAGCUUACAUCUUCAGAAAACAAACGAUUAUCUUCAUGACAAUCUUCAAUUUCUUCAUAAAUGUGAGCAAAGAUAAAUCACAAAAGAACAUUUUUUUAGUGAAAAAGGUGAAUAUGAAAAUAAAUACAGAUAUGACGGCUCAUGAAAGCAGGACCAAAACUAUAGAUGCAGAAAAAUUAGAACCACUGAAAUUAUUUUUGUGUGUGAAGUAAAAGUUUAUAAAAAACUGUUUUUAAAGGAAUUAGCUAAAAAAGACGCAUUGUAGAAGUUAGCAUGAAUUCAAACAGCAAAUAAUCUUUCCUUUUUUUACCUCUCUGUUCAUUAUGUAUACAUUCUUGGAUAUAGUUUAUAUGUUUUACAUUUGUUUGUUUGAGAGUUAGUGAUUUUGAUUUAACAGCCUUUAUCAGGUUAAAUGUUUUUCCAUAUACAUGAUCGAAGCUUAACUAUAUCAGAUUAUUUCCAAACUCCAGAUGCAUCAAGUCAACAUUCAUAAUGCAAAAAAGUUAAUGAGUAAAUGGUUAACUUUUUAAUUUAAUAUGCAUAUCAAUAUCAACAAGUUUCUGAGGAAUACACAUGGCUUCGACUGAUCUUUUUUCUUAACGUCUUUUUCUAUUUUUUGCGUUUUUAUUCAAAAGUAUCUCCGUGUGUAUAUUUUCACAUAUUUCACCUGCUGUGAUGGAGACAUAAAUGUACAUUAUAGUGGCCAAAAAAAUGUAAAGUUAUGAUGAAAACUAAAACUUUGAGGCCUUUUUCAGUUUUGAAGUUUAAGUUUCAAGGCUUUAGCUUAAAAGUGUGUACCACUGCCCCCUGGUGUUGACACAUUAAAAGACUUUAAAUUCAGUCUUUUAUUAGCUUCAGCGUUCAAACCAGGUGAGAUUUGAACUGAUUUCUUUUAACAUCAUUAACAAAAACCUUCAUGUUUUUGUUUCUUCUCUGCAACAUUUCCACACACUACAUUUUGUAAAAAGAAAAAACUUCAUUUCACAAUUUUAACUUUUUUUUUCUACAUGUGUUUUCUUGAGAUAUGAUCUCUUUGCUUCUGUAAUCAAAAUCUUGGUACUUUACAAAUAUCAUUUCCAGGAAAACCCUCACAAGCAGCCUCUGACAGGAGAACAUCGGAGGGAGUCCGAGGAUACCUGAGUGACACCGCCUUAAAGGUGGGGUAGGCAGGAUUCCGUUAAAGAAGCAUCUUUUUUUGUAGUGUAUUUACAAAAAAGCUUUUGAUAUCAGUCAAUAGCGAUUAGUUAUUGAUGACAUUUGGUAAUUUAACGAUAUCGCUGUGUUUUGUUUUGUCUUCGAAGUCAAAAUUUUAAAUUUUUUGAGUGGCCUGCUCUUUCUGACUGUAAACAAAGCCAUUUAAGCUUUUGACAGACUUUCCCAUGAUUCUGACGUUUAUAGUGAUGCAGUCUCGUCAGGGAUCCCAACUUCAACCGGACAGAUGACCAGCGGCGCCAUGUUCUUCCCGUUGUCGUGCAGACAGGGGUUCAGGUACGGGUACAGAGGUUCGGUGAAGUUACAUCCGCUGUAAGUGUAAAUAUGACUCUUUGCCUCUGCGUCGUAGAAGGACACCAACCCCGCCUCAUAGUCUAGAAACACGCCCACUUUCUGAGGCGUCUCGUGAAGGUGGAGGGUGACAGAAGGGCCGGCACAGGCGCUGAGGCUGCCGCCUUUCCUCCGGCAGAUCGCCCAGUAACCGCUGUCAGGUCGUACGGUGAUGGCCCCCUUCCUGUUGAUGGACUCUCUCGCCACGCCAAGGUCCCAGUCUGUUUUAUCCCCGACCUAAAACCCAAUAAAGAAUCAUAAGACACGUUUAUUAAUCCAACCAUGACAGUUUCGGUAUUUGAUUAUGAAUCUUUUAAACCAGCCAACCAUGAGGCCCCUAUAAUUCAAACAGGAUAUACAACAUAUUCAUGAGCUUCAUGAUUUCAACAUAUUGUACACUUAAAUCAUUUGACCACUAGAUGGCAGUAUAGUUUGUCAACAUAAGCUAUGGAAGCUCAUGUGAAAUCAUUACAUCAAAACAGAGAAAACAGCGUCUCAAGAGCGUUGACCACUGUGUGUACGAAGGUUAAAUCAAGUUUAAGAGUCAAUUUAGUUCCAGGGUAUUAAGUUAUACUGUAAAUGACUUUAUAGACUAUACAGUGUUAAAACUGGCUCUAUAAUGUAGACAGAUUAUUAGUUAUAAUUUAUAGAUGAAUACAUGAAUCUUGAGUACAUGUUGAGUUUAGUCAUAAAGAAAAGGUGGGGUUGAAUUUUCCUUUCCAAGACCUGGUUUUGGUGUCAGAACACAACAUAAUAGACUUAAUACUGUUUGGUAUCCUUCAAGCCACAAGGGGGCGUAGAGAACCAUUUAGACACAAGAGCACACUGUACAACUCUGCAUUAUAGUUAUGUUCUAUUGUUGUCCUUGGUGUUCAACUACACCAGAAUUGUGUCCCAGGAGUGCGUAAGAAGGUAAAAACAGUAAACACAAAUCUACUCUUAAUCAAUCUUAGAGCGUUUAUUUUUACCUCCGCUAAGGAGGUUACGUUUUCGGUAGCGUUGGUUUGUUUGUUUGUGAGUUUGUUUGUCUGUUAGCAACUUUACGGAAAAAGUAACAGACGGAAGGACCCCGUUAAAUUUUGAUGGUGAUCCGGACAAAAUUCUGGAUACUGUGAUCCAGAACACACAAAAAUAAGGGUGUCGUUGGAAUUUUCAAUGCUAAAAGUUAACCAAUGGGCAGCAGAGUGGUGUAGAUAGGCGGCAUAGUGGUGUAGUGGUUAGCACUAUCGCCUCUCAACCAGAAGGUCCUGGGUUUGAAUCCCGGUCAGGGUAUUUCUUGUUUUAGGAACAUUAUGAACAGUGAACAUACCAGUUUAAACACAAAUAAAAGUUAAUCAAAGACACGUAACAGUUAAAGUUACAGUUAUUAUUAUUAUUAUUUUUAUUAAAGUUUUGGUGUGAAUCACAAUAUAAGGGGGGACAUGAGCUGCUUGGCGGAGGUCUGCGCUCUCCGAGUGCUUUUCUAGUUUCUUGUUGAGUUUAGGACUUUAGGAAAUUUCCUUUCAAGCAUAAAUAAAAGUUUACAUUAAAGGGCUUGUUGGUGGUCUUGGUGAAUUAGGUUGGAUUCCUCACCUGAACAACCCAGUAGCUUCUUCCUGAUGUGAAGCUCUGUUUGCCAAGAACUGAGACGCAGGAGUCAAACCUGUGGGGGUCGUCUGGGACGGAGAGUCUCUGACAGCCGAGGCUUACCUGAGGAUGAAUGAAAUCCCGAUCAGAACAAGAGCACCUGAUGACGUUGGUCAUCAACAGAGGUUGCCAGGGCUGAUAUUUGGCAUGUAAAAUUAAUCUUUAUACAAAUGCGCUGCUUUAGCUCUGUUGCUUGCAGUUUUACUAACUUCUAACUAGUGUCAGUAUCACCUCUGGAAACCCCAAGUUGCCAUGUUAUUAUCAUAUUUCAUCAAGAUUAACUUGUUUGUUCAGUUCAGUCUGAACAAACCUCUCCUGAACCUGCUCGAGGGCCUGAAAUAUGUUCUCAUCCAUUAUAGUACUUACAAUAUCACCACGGUUAAACCCCAUUAAUGAACGUGGAAGUGAAAUUCUGUGAUCGUAACUUUAAGAAAGGAGGCAAAUGGUAUAAAAAAACAAUUCUACAAAUCGUGUCAAAAACCAGUCCAACAGUUUACAGUAAUGUGGAAGCGAAUCUCUUCUUGGAUCUGAUCUCAAAGAUCUUUCUUCUCAACUAAGGACGGUAAACUUUUGGAUAAGCUCCAGUGGAGACAAAGACACGAGCACGUUCUGUUCAAACCGAUUUAUGUAACUGACGUUAAUGAAGGCAGUAGCUAAACGUUUUGUCACUGGAAUGUCACUUUUGUGGAUUUGAACGCUGAGAUGGAAUGGAGAAUUAUAUAACAGUUUUUCUUGAGUACAAAACAAGCCGAGCGAAAGAUGACUUGCAUUUUAAGAUUGGAGAAACUUGUUUGAAGUUUAUUCAGAGGACAGCACUUUGACGUACAUAGUUUUUUGUGUUUCAUGACUGAGAGCAACCAUUAGAUAAAAAGAGGAAGGGAGCAGAAUGUAACAUAAAUUGCGGCAUAUUGUGGGAAUACAAUAAGGUAUCAUCGGCAUAUCAGCGAAUAUCACUCGUAAAAUGCCAUAUUAAGGCUUUUUCUAUGCUGAGAGCAAGUCGUGAAUAAUGAGGAACAACCUGGGACCUUGUAAAGCAGACUGUAGUGCACAAAGGACAAUACUAAUGUAAACAUAACAUGGUGUCAUCGGCAUAUAAAUGGGAUUUUCACUCUUUUAAACAAAUUCAAACAUUUUAAGAGAUUUGCAAAACAACUGAAGGAGACUAUAACCUAAAAUUCUUAUUCCAAAAAACAAUGUGAAAUGUUAACAAAAACAGAAUCCGAUGACUUGCAAUUCUUUCAAACCCGAUAUUAAUCUGAAGAUUUCGGAUAGACAACAUACAUUCACUCGUGGCGACAAUACAUUUCUAAAAGUUGAAUUCAGGGAAAAACACAGGAGAGAACUUCCUGGUGUUUUUAUCUUGUUGUCCUGAUCUUGUCUGAUAUAGGAUUUCAACUUUUUAACCUUCACAGGUGUCUUUUGUCGUGGUUUAGAUUUAAUGAUAUCCUGACCGUUUCCCCCUUUGCCUUCAGUCCAUCUCAAAUGAAGUUGAGUCACGUUUGUAAAUGUUUUCUUGUUUUCUUCCUUGUGUGUUGCAGUUUAAACCUGAUUUCUAAACGCUGAUGUUAAACUCUGAUUACAGAUGCUGUUUUUUAAGGGAUUUUAAGCAGAUGCAGUGAGUUCAACUACAAAGUGAUGCCCAUUUUUACAUAGAUUUCUCCAGAUUCUCACUCUUUUAAUAAUGAUAUGAACCGUUGGUAUGAAAUUGUUCAACUAUUUGUUCACAUGGUCUCUCACACAGUGUUGAACAUCUUUCUGUCUUUAUACCCAUUCAUAUUACUUACCUACGACGGAGUAUUGUUGUAAAGUAAUCACUUACGAGAGUAAAGUCAGAAUAAAGUCCUUAUAUCUUAACCUGCUGUUUAGAAUGACAGUUGUUGAAACUAGAACCAUGGAACAUUUUGUGAAAGAACUUGUACUUCAAUAUCAGUUUCUCAAACAAGGAGAUACUUAAUCUUCAGGUACAACAGCACCAUGUUAUCAUUAGUAUCAUAAUGAUUUUUAUCACAACUUUAUUCUCGUAAGUGUUUACUUUAUAACAACUACAUUCUCAUAAAUAAGGAUUUUAUUAUGACUUUAUUCUCGAAAGUAAUGAUUUAAGUAUGACUUUAUUCCUGUAAGUAAUGACAUAAUCGUGACUUUUUUAUUGUAAUGAUUUUAGUAUGACUUUAUUCUCAAAAGUAAUGACUUUUUUACGACUUUAUUCUCGUCAGUAAUGACUUUAUUCACGUAAAUUAAUGACUUUAAUCUCAAAGUUUGAAUUUUUUAAAACGUUGCUACUUCAUAGCUUAAUUUUCUUAUUUUUCAACAUUGUGCAACUUUUUCAGAUUUUUAACUUUAUUGAAAACUAGCGGUAACAUCAGCUCGUGCUCAAUGGUCGACAUUUGAGAUCUUACAGAAUUCACGUUUUCAUACUAUUUAUACUUGUUUUAUACCUUUUUUCCAUCCGGGGACAGAAUCAGCCAGCCUGCAGCUGUUUCAGGAUCCAGAGUCACAUCCACUAUAGAGGUCAGAAGAAAAAACAAACAGUAAUUCAAUUGUAAUACUUGGCAGCAAACACAAGAUUCACACUAGUUUCAAUGUUGACAUUGGUUUGAAUUUCGGUUCAAAUACAUACCUGCAUACAGGUUUAGCUGACUGGCUUCUUCAAAAGAAAAAAGAAAAACAUUUUCAGUUAAUUUUUUAUUGAAUGAAACAACUUGGAGCAACAAAAAACUAAAGUACUCGAGGGGUGGGAUUUAUUCACAUGACACAAACGGUAGAUAUAAAAAAGUUGGAAAGUUGGUUCUUCUAUCGCGGUUACCGACUCCACACUGGUAAAAUCUAAAAUCACCACAGAAACUACUGACCCUCAACUGACAGAUUGUUCUCCAGGUUAUUGCAGACAUCCGCCAGCUUGGAGAAAGCGGUCCUCACUAUCCCAAAGAAGUCCUCUGACUGGACUUUGACGUUGGACCAGUUCCUUGUCCCCGUUGGACAACUCAAAGAGGAGAAACUCUGUAAAGAAGAAACUCUGUUACAUAUAUGUAAGAUUUGAUGAAUUUAGUACCCUGACAGGACGGAGAGCAACACGAUCUUACUUGUAUGAGGUGUAGCGGUUCAUCCGUUUGCUCCAGAUGUUGCAGCUCGGUGCGUUUGAUCUGCAGUUCGUUGAUCUCCUUCUCCAGCUCUUUCAGCAGCUCUUCAGCGUUCCUCUCGGCCACGUCGUGCUUCUCCUCAAUGUCUUUGACGAGCAACGCCUGGUUUGACUCAAUGGUGCUUAUCACCAUUGUGGCGACCUGAACACUUUUCUGAAUCUCUCUUUCUUUGUUUACCUGAAGAAAUACAAUAUUUCCAGAGGUUAGAGAGCCAGGUAACACAAAUCUGGAUACAGUGUUGGAAAGCACAACCAAAAAUCCAAAUACUUCACUUACCUUGCCCAGGUCCACUGAGGCCUUGAUCUCGUCAAACUUCCUCAGUCUGGCGUGGAUCAUCUGUUCAAAGUCCGCGUUGAUCCUCCUCAUCUGAGACUGUGAAAGCAGGACAAAAAAAGUCGUCAAAAUACGUACGGCGCAUUUCAGACAUUUGUGUUCGUCAAACCGAACUCCUCUCCUUACCCUGAUCUUCCUGGUUGCUUUCUCCAGAGGAACAACUUUGUGGUGUCCGUGGUCCAUCUCUACGCAUUUCACACAAACGGCUAUCUGCUCUCUCUCGCAGAACAUAUCCAGGACCAUGUUGUGGUUUUUGCAGAGGUGGCUGGUGAUGAAGGUGGUGGGGUCGGCCAGCGUGUGCUUGAUCAUCUUCUCAUCCCUCAGGUGGGGCGUCAGGUGAACUUCACAGUACGACUCCUGGCAGACGAGGCACGACUUGACUGCUGUUAUGUGGUUGUUCUGGCACACGUCGCAGGGAACUUCCUCGGCCUUGGAGAGCUGUUUUUGGAUAGGUCUCUUUCUCGGAGGGAUCUUGUAAUUUGGCUUGUCCUUCAAAGACCUUUCCAUGAAGAAAAACUCGGGUUAAUCUUUGUCAAAUAAGUAUCUUCUAUAAAAAAAUAGUGAUGAAACGUCAACAAACCUCUUGAAUCCUUCGGUAAUUUCCUUCAAGCCUAGGUUGAUUCUGAGUUCUGGCCUGAUUUUGAAGGCCUCUUUGCAGAGCGGGCAAUCCGACUUAUGCCUUGAAUCCCAGAAGCGUUUGAUGCAUCUCAGGCAGAAAUUAUGGCCACAUGGGAUGGAGACCGGGUUUUUGAAGAUGUCCAGACAGAUGCUGCACCGAAACUGUUCCUCAGACAGCGCAAGAGCCAUGUUUCUGUCUAAAGAACAACACCAUUUCACUCUUACAUUCAUACGAAAAUGUCAAAAAUUUACCGGGGUGGUGUUGUCUGGAAUUGCUAAGUGGUAGAAUAAGACCCAUUUGACUUAUAAUAUGGAAAAUUACCUGAAUCAUCAAGAUAGUCAAGAAGAUCAAGUGUUAAACUGAAUAGCCAACAUUACAAGUUUUUUUUUAUAUGCAAAUGACAUUUUAUUAUGUGUUAAAUGUGCAAAAAUCUAAAUGAGUUAGUGCUUAUUCAACGUCGUCUUCUAUUCUUGCUUUGGACGCAGUAGUUGAAAAUAAUCAGUCUCACAGUAUUCAUGAUUGAUUCCCGCUUUAAACACUGAGUUUACAAACUAUUCGCUGGAGUCCAAAUUCAUUCAACAAACCCACCAACAAGAACAAAACAAUAAACCAAAAUCAGUACAGAAGAAAAAACAACAGGAAUAAUGUUUGACAACUAUUUCGAAAUGUCUUUAUAUGCAGACGACAGUUUUCUAUACGUGUUAAAUAUACAAAUUAUACAUUUGGUUCAACUUAGUUAGUCCAUCUCUGAUAAUUGACUUAUUUUUUUCAUAGUUCUCUAACCAUUCAACUAGAUUCAAGCACAUCCUUUGCAUUUAUUAAAGGAUAGUAGUAAAGAUGCUUUAAUUACACUGACAAAGAUUUCAGACAUAAACUUAGUGAACUAACACAUCUUUCCAAAUGUUUCAUCUUUUUAAAUUUCUUUUCACUAUAAUUGCAUGCUUGUUUUAUUUUCAAUGGUUUUUAUACAUUUUUUUUAAAAACAAAUUGAUGUUUAAUUUUUUGCACAGUUUGUGAAAUAACUCUUUCAUAAAUCAACCACCUUAAGGUUGAUCACCUUUUCAUCUGAAUGACAGAUUUGACAGACUUGGGUCUUGGUGAAGAACCAUAACAAGUUGAGACCUAUUAAAAAGUAUUAACGUAAGGUGACUGUCGCACAUGUUGAUUAAAUUAGGGAUAGUCGACAGAACAGUAAAUUGGCUGUAAUUCUGCUUUAAUUAUCCACUUAACUUGAUCGUCUUUUGAUGAUUAAAACUAUUUAUAUUCUCCAAAACUCACAGAGACAGAUGCUUUUUUGAUGUUUUGGUUUGUUUGUAUUUUUUUUCUAUGUUAUCAGUGUGUCAUUCAUUCACGGCUCAUAACCCCCGAAUCUACACUGGUACUCUCACACAUUAGCAACCGAUUCACCUGUUCAUGUGAAAGAGCUUUUCACCAGAUAAGAUGAUUAAAUCUCUGCUGUCACGAGAGUCCUGAUUAUUUGUUAAGAUAUAUUUGUUGACAUGAGUUGAAAGAAUGUAGCCGUACAGGUGAAAUCAGAGAUGCGGCAGAGUUAUGGGAUGUUUUUGACACGUGAACACAGAAAUGUCCGAGGUGUGUGGUUGGCUCAGGUCAAAACAUUGAGGCUUUAACUCAGUCCAAACUAUGAUAUGUCCUCACAUGUAUAACAUUGAAGUAUGAAAGCCUAAACUCGACCAUGCUAGUAGGUUUAAUAGUUGUUAACCAUGUUUGUUUACAUUCUGCUCAUGUGUACGUAGUAAAAUAACUUUGUAAAUUUGGUACCAGAUUAAACGUUUAAGUGCUGGAAUGACUGGAACAAAAAAGUGACUUUUAUAUCUACUACCAGUUUGCGCUACACUAACAAAAUGGAGUUCAACACAGCCAAAUCUUUGCUUUAGCUUUUAUUGUAUAUUUUCCAUACAAGUUGAAUUUGACUGCUCUCAAAAGUGGCAAAUGUACCUCUAAAAUUCCCAUCUCUCAAUUUCACAGCCAUAUAUUUAACAUCCUAUUCUUUACUUUAGUGUCCUUCACUGGCUACGAUAGUAAAUAAUGUCUUACCUGGGUUGACAGCCAGAGACCAACAAACAGAACUGUCGUCAGCAGGCAAAUGAACUGAGUCAAGACAACUUCCUCAAAUAUGUGAGCGCCUAGGACAUCCCAGAGAGUGUAACUGGUAAAUCUGGUCCUCCCUCUUCGUCUCUGAGAGUACAAUUAAAGUCUUUAACUUUAGGUGUUUCUACUAUCGGUUGUUUUUGAUGGGUUACCUCCAGGAAACUUUCAGACCCGCCUACAAGCUGCAUUUGAAGUAUAACUCAGAAUUUUGGAAAAGUUGAUGAUUAUUGUGACCGUCUUUGUUCUGUGCAGGUAUCACAAGUGCUUUUGUUAGAUUUGCAAAUUUGCAAUCUGCUCAGCCAAAAGUUUUCAUUAUGGAAUCGCUAGUUGUAACACCUGUAGAUAUUAAACAUUUACUUAACUCUGACAUCACUUUGUGAGAGAUGAUUAAUUAUUGUUUAAGCAUUGUGUGGGUUUCGUAAGAAGCUGUGGCUGGUUUGAUGCUGUAUUUGCAGUUUCAAAGUUCAAGUGUAAAGUAAAUUCUUUAUUGUUAUUAAAUAGAAUAACAUUUUUAAGCCGUUCUUUGGACAAUCAGUCUUUACUCACCAAGCUGACCGUGAUUUAAACGUGACCGCGAGGGAAGAAGAGGGGCAAAAGUGGUUAUUAAGCGGCUACAAUUCAAAAAAACAAUGAAAAGAAUAGGUAGAAAAUAUUCUGAUGUGUAAUAAGCUCGUCUAUUGGUGCAUUCAUAAUUUGUGUACUUUCAAGCCUCUGUGAAGGUGUGUAUCUCAAAUAAGUACACAACCAAUGGACAAGCAAGCUAAUCCUUGAUUUGCAGAUACAAGUGGUUCCCGAUUGUUCCUGCAGAUCUUCCAUCUCAUCUUUAUGUAAGGCCAGUCAUUAGCGUUUAUAUAAUUCUGGGUGGGUCGUACCUCUUUCUAGGGAUCUGAGUAAACAUCCAAUAUGGCGGAUGGAUUCUGACUGUGCCAGGUUGUUUGAUGUUAGUAAGUGGACAUCGUUGAACUGGGUUAGCCUACCACCGUGUUGCAUAAUCCAUAACUUGAAUUCUAUUUUUGUUGCGCUAACCCAUAUGGAGAUGCCCAGCCAGCAAACAGGAUCAGUGUCUUCAGAUGCAACCCGGUGCCAGCAGCGGUUCUCAUCUGAGAAACCGCUUUUAAUCGAAGUCAAACAAAGAUGCAGUGCAAUCAUGAGAAACGGCUUCAUCCAUCUUUUGGCAGCUUUCUGUCCUUGUUUAAGGUCGGUCAUGGCUUAAGUCCCAUUCUCCACCCUCUUCAUUAUUGGCCUGUAAAGCUCGUCAGACGUCCUGCACCACCCUUGCUUAAUUCUCAAGUCUUUAUUUCGGCUCAUGUCAAUAAUAAGUGUUCAGUCAGAGCUUCACAGUGGGAUUUAAAGUUAUUUAGAACAUAUAUCAGUCCAAUGUGUUGCUUCUGGGUCCAAGUAUACCAUCAGAAAGUUCGUCUAACAAUAGUAGACAAGAUGGCCGUACCACACUCUUCAUUUCAACACCAUUUAAUUACAACGCAUAGAAGCUUGUCAGCUGUAGGCGUUUCUUUCAUAUUACCUCAGAUUCAUGAUUCAUUGGCACACAGGCUUGUUGACAGUGUCAAAUAUAGAUGCCAAAAGCUCUUGGGCUCAGCUGUUAGUCUUGGCAGUCAAUGAAUACCGUCCUGACAAUCUUAAGAGAGUUCAUUCGAUUAAUGAGUAUCUUCUCCUGCACAGUCUAUGUAAUUGGGUGGAGUACAUGUUGGCGAACUGGAAUAUAACUUUUACGACAUGUGACUGCCGCAGAUGUUUUAAUUAUUAUCGCUGUCACUCUGUUAACUGUAAUUCUAAAAGACAAGUUUUUGCCGUCUAAUGACACUUAAAGCCUCAAGAUGAGGCGUUGUACUGUUUUACCAGCUACUACAACAAAGGAGGAGUAUUUGUGGUAAGUCGUAAAAUAUUGUGAUAUUACAUCAUAAAAUUUUAAUUGUGUAUAUCAACCACUUAGAAUAUCUGAAUGAGCAUAAAAUUCACCUGUCAGCCAAUCGGCUACGGGCCCACAAAGCAUUCCCUCUAAAAGUUCUUAAGGGGCCUAAAACCUUCCAAAACAUGAAUACCUCAUUGGCAAUUGGCCCCAAACCUUCCAAAGUCCAAUACCUCAGUGGGCCCAAAACCUUCCAAAGUCCACUUCCUUCAGUACCUCAGUGGGCCAAAAAUCUUCCAAAGUCCAGUACCUCAGUGGACCCAAAACCUUGCUGAAAUUCAGUCCUCCAAAUGGGCCUUGCAGGAUCAUAUAUUUUAAUUGGCCUCAAAUCCUUUCAGAAAUUUUUUACCUCAUCGACCCAAAACCUUUCAGAAACCAAAAACUUCAAAACCUUAUUAAAGUAUUUUACCCCAUGGAACCCAGACCUCAAUGGGCCCAAAACCUUACGGAUGUCCAAUCCCUUAAUGGGCACAAAACCUCUAGAAUCAAAUACUGUAAUGAGCCCCAAACCUAAUACAAGUCCUUUACCCCACAAACCCCAAACCUUUCAAAAAAAACCCAAACCUCAAUGGGCCAAAAACCUUCCUGACAUCCAGUCCCUCAAUGGGCCCAAAACCUUCCUAAUGUCUUUGUCCAAAAUGGGCACAAAAACUUUCCCAAGUCCAAUUGUUCUAUGUUUUCAAAUCUACUGACGAUCCCGUUCUCCCAGUUGUCUAGUUUCUUUUGUGGCCCUAACAUCCACCAGUGGUCCAGUUCCCAAAUGGUUUCAGAAGCACUAAUGUUCUGGAUCAACUACAUCGGGAGACCUUUAAGACCUGGACCUCAAACUCUGAUGAAAGUAACAAAAACACUAGUUUGUACGUACUGUUCUGUUUGAGCUGGUUUCAAGGACGACAGGGAACCCAUAUAAUUUGUUUGAGUUUGAACACUGAUGAGUCACUUUCCUUUUUCAGUGACUAACAAAGAAGUUCGGUUAAUAAAUGACAACCUGCUAGCGGCAGCCACGUGCACUAGAGAUGAAAUCAAAUCUAUCAGUUAAUCUUUGAAAAUGGGAUUCAAGAAAACUUUGUGUUUGUAUACGAUCAGCGCACAUUUCAGUCCUAACACACUCCAGUCCUUAAUAAUGAGAUCAACACCUCUUCAGACAUCUCAUUUGGCAGCUUGCAGGUCUCUGCAGUACCACACCCAGUGUUUAACACUGGCGUACACAGAGUCUGACUUUGAUUAAAAUCAAGAACUCCAGUCAAGUCGAAAGAAAUGUUAAUCCGACCCAACAAAACUUCCAUCGAUUCAAAUAAUGCAGCCUUUGUCCUGUAGGAAACACAAAAGACAGUCUACCACGGCUCUAAAGCAGUUAUAGGAGGAACAAUGACUGAACCAUGAGUCAUUUAUAGCCUUAUAAAAACUGUCUCUGUUCUAUAGGAAAGCUGAUAUUUCCUGAAAUGAGACUCUUUUUAAUCAGCGAACACAACCUGAGACAUGAGUGUACGGUUUAUAUGUCCUGGAUUGGUUUUUCAGGAAUAUUGCGAAACAAUCUAAAACCACCGUGAAUUGGAUAAUUAUUGAAUUAAAUGGACAAUAUCAUGAUUAUUUAACUUAAUAAAUAUAUUUGCCAGCUGGGUGACAAACUAGUUAAGGUGUUAAUUAAGUCAAAUUGUGUUUUCUUUUCUAUUUUGUCUGCGUGGUCCUACUUGUCUGGCCUUUUGUUUUCGGUUGUAAACAUGAGUCAUCUCAAUUAAGAGUUGUACUAUAAAAAAGUGAAAGCUGACGAGAUGAUAGUCAUCCACAUUAAUAGAUGUUCAGAUCACAUCCUGGACUAUGCCUGGUCAAGGUUUACAAAUAAAGAACAAGAUCACUGAAUCAAAGAGCUGUCCAGGAAAAGUCUUAAGUUCGUAGACCGAAAAUCUCUUUCAGCUCUUACAGAAUUCAGAUAUCGGCGAACGGUGCCAUUUAAACUGUAUUGGAGCUUCAUUAGUGUAAAUUUUAAUAAAAUCAGAGUGUUUGAAUGUAACAAAAGGAUGUGCAGAAAUCCAGUGAUAUAUUUAGGUAAUAAUCCUUUGAAUUAAGUACAAAAUGAGACUAAAAACCUUCAAAAACAUGAAUACCUCAUUGACAAUUGGCCCAAAACCUUCCAAAAGUCCUCUACCCCCUAUACCUCAUUGGACCCCAAUCCUUCUGAAGUCCAAUACCUGAGUAGGCCCAAAACCUUCCAAAGUAAAGUACCUCAGUGGGCCAAAACCUUCCAAAAGUCCACUUCCUCCAGUACCUCAGUGGGCAAAAAACCUUAAGUCCAUUACCUGAGUGGGCUCAAAAACCUUCCAAAAGUCCACUACCCCCUGUUCCUCAUUGGAUCCCAAACCAUCUAAAGUCCAAUACCACAGUGGGCCCAAAACCUUCCAAAGUCCAACACCACAGUGGGCCCAAAACCUUCCAAAGUCCAAUACCACAGUGGGCCUAAAACUUUCCAAAGUCCACUUCCUCCAAUACUUCAAUGGGUCCAAAUCCUUCCAAAGUCCAAUACCUAAGUGGGCCCAAAUCCCUCCAAAUUCUGCUACCUCCAGUACCUCAGUUGGCCCAAAACCUCGCUGAAAUUCAGUCCUCCAAAUGCAUCCAAAACCUUGCAGCAUCAUAUGUUUUAAUUGGCCUUAGAGUACAUAAUGCAAUAGAAGACCAUUAUAUUUCCCUCUUUUGAGUUGACGCACAUCGCCGCCAAGCAGCUACAAUGUCAUGUUUAAUUCUGUAGCCUACUUCCACAACCACCGCUCCUCCGCUCUUUAAAUGAGACAGUAAAUUAAAUUAUAGCCAUUGGCUCAAUGAUGGUGGCCUACUUGUCUUAAUUAUACACCAAGUGCACAGUGUUAAUUACGGUUGUGGGUCAGAUCUCCCGCUCUAAACCUACAGCUCCUUUUCUCUCCUCGUCUGUUUGUGUUUAUCUUCCAUUCCUGUUGGGUUUUCGUCCUUGAAUAUCGGACUCCAGUCUUGCAGGUUUCUUUAGGCUGCCAAGAUCCUCUGCUUGAGCUACUUCGGUCAAACCUCAGCAAUAAAAACUGUUAGUCAUAAUUAUGUAACUUUUAUUAUUGUCACUGCUUUGUCAUACUGUCACUCCAAUGUUAUUGUCUUUAGUUUUAUAGCCUUCAUUGUAUCGUAGUUUUUGGAGUCAUCGUCUGUUCAUCUCCACUCCAGUCUGUUUUCUGUUUCCUGCAGUUUCAGCUUGUUGACAUGAAGCUUUUUUCUGCCGAGCUCUUCCUCGUGAAAGGAGGAAGUUUGUCGUCUGUCAUCAGUAUCUCAACCAAGAUAACAGGAAAAAAACAAGAGGUUAAAAAUAAGGUGAAUGCACGACCUCAAACUUGAUCUGAUAAAAUAAAGCCAGUGUUCUCAGGUGCAAAAACAGCUCUGCCGUUUACUUCACUGCCACUUUGUGGAGAAUUAAGUGCAUUGCAGCAGAUAUUCCACAUCAAUGCAGUUCAUCUAUCUCAGUAAUUUGCCACCUGAGUAAAACGGUUAAAAUAGAAUAUAGAGGUUACUCUUUAUAGUGGUUUAACACAUAUUUGGUGUAGUGCAGAAAAAGUAGUGGUAUGUUGUGUAUUAGGUGUUUUUUUAAUCUUUUCACAAAUGUAUAAAAAAGACACAAAUAUAAGACACACUUUAUUAAAGCUGACGACGACAGUAAAUUAGUAAAAUUCGUAAAACAAAGAGUCAAACCCUGUUUUCAUUUUUAACUUUUUAACACCAUAUAUGACUUUUAGAAAUAAAAAAGUAGAUCAAUAUGAUGAGAAGUUUUACUUUUAGAUAUAAACAAAAAUUUAAAGCAUGUAAGAUACAGAAAAAAACAUUUAGGAAAUUUGCAUAGACAACUUCUCUCCACUUACAGGCAUUAAAAAUUGUUGCUAAUUACCUUUUUAAUUUUGAAUAUCAUAAAGCUUUAAUAUGAAUUUCAGUAUAUUUCAUAAAUAUAACAAACUCUUUAUAGGUGCUUUAAUUCUCAGCAUGUGUUAAAAUUAACUUUUACCGUGAGCAUCAAUUAGACCCUUUCACUGCAGUAAAAUCAAUACGACUUUCUGUUAAUUAUGAACAAAAUGAACAAUUUCACUAUAACAAAAAAACUGUCUAUUGCUGAACUGAUCUGUUUACCAGUUGAACUGUCACACAAAAAGACCAAAAAUCAAAUAAAAUAGAUGUACAUACUUCACUCACAACACCUGAAUAUGUUAACCGACAUUUCUGUGUAUUGAUGGUAAAAACAGAUCUACUUUCUUUGUGGCACAAAUAUAGUUUUAAAUUUCAACAACCAAUUCACAGCAACAACAGAGACAGUUUGGUUAAUGUCAGUAAAAAAAAAAAAAAAUUAUAUAUAUAUAUAUAUAUAUAUAUAUAUAUAUAUAUUACAUCAAUGACAUUUGUGUCCCUGAAGGGUCUGGGUCAGUUUUUACUUCAUCAGCUUUCUUCUUUGUUUUGGUGAAGAUCAGGUUGUUCGACUUCUUCAUAAAGGAAACUUUGAAAUCCUGUGUGAUUCCGGCCGCUUCAAAAUUUUCCUUAACCUGAAAAGAUUAUGUUUGAAUCAAUAAAAAUAAGAUAAAUUCCAUUUUUGAAAAUGUAUAUGUAUUCUCAAAGACAUCAUGUUUCUUUAGACAAAAUCAGAAAAUCGUGGUCUCAACAGCGCCCCCUAAAUCCCCUAAAUGGCUUCAACCUCAAAUAUGGAAUUGACCAGAUAUUUGUACAUACUAAAUUCCUCUCAAAACAGUUGAAAGUUGAAAAUGUAUUAAAGGGUUUUCUGAAGUAGCUUUAACUCUUCCAUAAAGUUUUCAGUCAGUUUGAUAUUUCAUUGACAUAACUUGAUUCCACCUCUUAAUAUACCCAUAUGCAUAAUUUUCAUCUAUAUUAUAGCGCCCCCAGUGGAAAUGAAAGGUACUAACUUUCACAUGCAAUGUUCAAUCUGCACUGAAUUUCACAGGUGUGAUGGUGUAAAGCAGAAUCAUCGCUGCAACAGUACCUGAAAAGGCAUUGGCCUGAAAAUUUUUAGUUGAACCGUCUCCCCAAUAAAAACUACAAAUAUUAGCUAGACUUCAAAAUAAAAAAUAAAAAACUAAACUCAUUUUUUUCAUCUUUGCUUUGACCCCUCUCCACAUUCCCUCUUCUUUUUACCUCUGGUGAUAUAUAUCCCAAAGCCUUUGAAAAGGAAAUCCAAUUUACAGCAUUUGCGCAAGGUACUUUACCGUAUGCCACCAAACGAAAAUAAGGCAAAACUCGGCAAGCAAAACAUAGAAUGAGCAUGAAAGAAGAGAACCGUUUCAAGUCUGCUCGAAUUUAAUUACACUUACAGCGCUUGUAAAACACUCAGAAGUACAAAGACCUGAAUACAACCUCAUGUUUGUUGAUGAUUACCUGGUUUAAGAUGGCUUCAGUCACAGCAGGGUCAUUGAGGUCGAUUGUGGAUUUAUGGGCGGUCAUCUUGAUGCGAAAGAUCUGCUUUUUAUCUAGUGUAAAUGAAAGAAAAUUAACACUAUAGGAGAUAAGUCAUCAACUCUUUUUCAUCAUGUAUUGACUCAAAAUUGGUCCAGAGAUAGAAAUAACUUACUGUUGUGGCAAACAAAAGGAAGUUCUUCGAGGCAGUGUGUCUCCACCCACUCUCCUGCGUGGUUGGUGUCAAACACGCUGGCGCCACAGCGCUCCGAAACAUUUUUCGGGUGUCCUUGUACCCAGUUUUCAAAGUUGCUGUUGUCACCUGCCCACAGACUCCAAGUGUUUCUGUAGAGGCCGAUCCAGAUGGACCUGUCAUCUCCUACUAACUGCUGGAUCUCAUAGUUCUCAUCGUCUUUCCUCACGCUGGCCAGAUCUGUGUGAUUCGUCCGGCAGUACACCUUUGCAUCCUGCCAAGACUUGGCUUGGUCAAUCAAGACGUAUUGCUGAGAAAUAUUGGUAGUUGAGUCUGAAAAACAAUGCAAAUUUAUCUAUUUAUUUAUCUUUUUGCUGUACCUUCCUCUUUACGAAUUAACCGACCCCAAACAAUCUUCUACUUACAUGUUAUGUUCUCGUCAUAGCAGACAAAGGGGAAUGUUGAGUUGCAGUUCAAAUCAUACCAGGUUCCUUGUUGGAAACUGACGCAGACUCUUCCACGUGUGCGCGUGUUGUCUGGUUGACCUUGGCGCCACCUGGUAAAUUUAUAUUCCCCAGGUCCAUAGAAGUCUGGAUUAUGAAGAGCCCAUUUCCAUCUUGAGUUGCCAUCAUUCAGGCCAAACCAGACUUUACCCAUAAAACCAUGACCGACAGCUUCCCUGAACAGCCUCAUGUCCUCCACGUUGUCGAUGGUGGCCAGUGCUGAGUACGUAUCCCUGCAGUACAGUUUGGCGCCUCUCCAAGACAUUGGUUCUCCGAUAAAGUGGUAUUCAUGGAGGCAUAAGCAGAGCCCUGUUAGCAAAGUGACAGAGGCAAGAUGGAAAAGUAGAGAAGCAUAUUGGUGUUGUUUUUUUUUUCCACAUCUGUCUAAAACUGUUUCAGGACACUGAAAAAUAGUAAUAUUUCAUCUCUGUUAACAUUAACAUGCAAGAAAUGAGGACAACUAAUUGAAGCAAAACAAGGGUGACCAUAUUCUGUCUUCCAAAAAAUAGGACACGACUACGCAGGGGUGGAGUCACAGAAUCAAACUAAGCUAAUUUUGAGAGUUUUUUGAGUUGGAUCGGGUGUCUUCUACACGCUUCUGACUCGGCAAGUCCACGUGACACAAACUCGAAACUUAAGUACAAAACCGCGUACAUUUGAAGAAUUUUAUAAACUUCCCCGGACAAACCCGGACAGCCCAGAGAGCCCCCCAAAAAGAGGACAGGUCUGGGUAAAAGAGGACGUAUGGUCACCCUAAGCAAAACAGAGAAAUGUUUUGCAUACUUGAGUAAAUUCAAUAAACAAACCAGUAACGAAAAUCAAGAUGCACCCAAGAAAGAAUUUGCAUACUCUUCUUCACGUUUUCGAGCAUUUGGGUUAGAAUGUGCGUCAUAUUUGAAUGUAAAUUUGAUAACCAAACAAUGUUAAAUCAGUGAGUAAGCUAGUUAUGGUUUUGUUUUAGUUACAUCUACUUUUUUUCUGCUUGUUUUAGUUUUGGUCAAUUUUUAUUUGAUGAAAAUUCAGAAUGUUAUACCUCAGGUUUGGAAUAUUGAAAGCUACUUCAUUUUGUAUCUUCCCAUCUUGAAACUUAUUUAACUAGUUGUCUUAGUCUUUAUCAUCAUGGGUGUAUUUUUGGCUUGUCUUAGUCUCAUCGUUGUCAUGAACUAUUGAGCAUACAAAUUUUGCUCAUGAAAAAGUUGAAAUUCUGAAUGAAAACAAUUUUUUUUAUUAGUGUACUUAUACUGGCUGUAGUUUAAUGUCCACAAACUGUAAGUUAAUAUCAGAAUUUUAACUAUCACUCUACCUUCCAUUAAAAUCUGCACAUGCAUCUUUAUUUCUGUGACAAAUGUGGUAAUGCAUGAACAAAAGUGUGUUUUUAAGCUUUGUAGAAAACAUAAUUCAAUAUAUGUAGGGGUACAAACUGACCUGAAAAAAGCAGUAUAUACCACAUGGCCCCUCUUAUACCUGAUGAGAGAAAAACACUCUUAAUAAAACAGACAUUUUUAAAAAUUAGCCCUAAACUUAAAUAUUUUUCAACCAAUCUACUCUCGUUUUUAAGAAUAAUAGGGCUCUUCAUUUUUCCUCUGAUCGAUAAAUCAAAUAUAUUUCAUACCUGGACAUGAUGUUGUCUUCUUUAAAUUGUCCUCACCAAAUUUUGCCCACAUUUUACAAACUGCACAAAAAGUCCCAACUCCACUUUUUAAUCCCUCCUUCUAAAUCUUUUCCUUAUAUCCUCUCUUGAGAGCAAAUAUUCAUAGAAGGUAUGCAAAGCGUCAACCAUCCCAACUCUGUCUCUUCUGAGACGUGUAAUAUGAACUCCUACGCAUCCUUUUGAGACAGCAGAAAUUUAAGGUUAUGUGAUAUUUAAAUUUCAAGAAUCAAAACAUAAAAUCAAUUUAAACAACAAAAAUAAAUUCUGCUGACUUAUGUGGUUAUUUAGGAAUUAAAAGCAGUUAUUUGGCAUUCAUAGAUUUGGGUUUUUAAAAGAUGUUGUGGAGCAAAAUGAACUAAAACCAAUAGUUUCUCAGUGGAGCUUUAACUGAGUCUCAGCCAAAUGUAAUGGCAAAGCUAUUAAAGUCGAGCUAACUGUUUCACCUCCAUUGUUGUAUGGAUGGUUUACGAAAUGUUCCUUGCGGGCUUGUGUCGAGUGCAGACAUGCAAACCAGAUGUAAAGCCACAUGGACGCAACUGAUGCAAAUAAAAUGCUAAGAUGAGGUGAGAUGCAGGCGCUGGUUUGGCUAAACAAAUGCACAUUUGGCAUAAAAUCAAGACAUGGGCACUGAUAACAGUAGGCUGCUUACCUUUUAAUAUUAAAUCUUUUUUAGAUGAAAAUAAAACAUCAGAAGGAAGCGUAUCAGAUAUUAAAGCUAAUAAAUUCAGCUAUAUCAUACACGUUUUUCAGUAUUUAUUGGACUACUUUUGGUGGUGGAUCCACACAGAUUUGGAGCACUAUUGUCCACAGGAUAUCAUGUAUUAGAAAGUUACUAAAUUGAAAAAUCUUUUUUGAAAAGUUGAGAAAUAUCUCUUUUUUUUUUUUAAUUAGAUUUGUUAAAAAGGAAAGAAAAUUGAUAAAACAAUCACAGCAGUAUAUUUUCAAAGUAUAGAUACCAGUCACUUUCAAAAAUAACAACAGGGCCUGUUUUAGUCUUUUAACACUUUAAUAGUUACAUGUCAAAAUCACACAGAAACUACAUUACAUGUCAAAUUACAUCAAGUAAACUAAUAUGCUGAUAAAUUAUGAUUAUGGUUAUAUUUUUAUCAUGUAAGAAAAAGCACAUCACAUGAAUUUGCUUUAUUUUUCCUGUAAAGACUGGUGCCAAACAUUCAGUUUAAGCAUUGUUAACACAACUACAUUAUUGAAAACAGCAAAUUGAUCAAACCGCAUACCAUAAACAUACAGACACCACCAUUAAAAAUGAUAUUCAAAGAUUUAAUGAACUUUAUCCAUGCAAUCUCAACAUCAAACCUAUUCACCUCACUAAUAUAUAUUGUAAACACCCACUGUUAUCUUUCAACAUGCCAAGACUAGAUAUAUAUUUUUAAAAAGAUACAGAUAACAUGCAGCCAAAAAACAACAACAAAAAAACAAUAAAAUCCCUUUUUCUUAUUUUCUACUUAUUGUAAUUUUGAGUUUACAGUCAGAGUUCUGACUUUUAUCAUAAAAAUGCUGGAUUCUAGGAUUAAAUUCAGAAUUCUUAAGGUUUGUUUUUUUCACAAAGUUGUGAUUCUUUUGUCAAUACUCUAGGGUUCGAGUCACUAUUCUUUUUUAAAUGCUGACAUCAUUCUUAGAAUAUUAAGUUUGAAUCAGAAUUAUGAUUUUUCUCUUAACUGUUUUGUUUUUUUUUAAAUCUUAAUAUUCCAACUUUUGUCCUAGAAUUCUAACUUUGGGGUAAGGUUGGAAUUUUUAAACAAAAUUCGGACAUAAGUCUCAGAAUUCAGAGUUUAAAGUUUUUAUUCAGAUAGUCAUAAUAUUGACUUUGAACUUGGAAUGCCAAGUAAAAAAUUUCAACUGAAUUUUUGGAUUUUAAAAUUUUUUGGUGAUAUAAGCCCAAUAAAACAUGAUAUAUUGGUCAUAUUGACUGAGACCUUAUAGAGCAGGAACGUUAUAGCCUGUAACAUUCAAGGUCCAUCUUCACUUCAUCGGCUUUCUUCUUUGCUUUGCUGAAGACCUUUUCAUCCGACUUCUUGAUCCAGGAAAUUUUCAGAUCUCUUGUGAUCCCCAUCUCCUCCAUUUUCUCCUUAAUCUGGAAAAAAAAAUUCCUCUGAUGACAAAAAAUUAAUACAAAUAUUACUGUAACUUCAACUAUAAAUGCACCCCCAUUGUUUUUGUUUAAAAAUCGUAAUUAUAAAGUUAGCUAUAUUCAUUAUAAAUUAACAUCAGGUUACGAGAAAUAUUAUUAAUUAUCUUUUGUAAUCUCCCUCCACUUCUGCGACCCCCUCAAUGCUCAGUUGUUGUCCGUGAAAAAAAUUACGUUUUUAUUCAAUUAAUUGUGGAUAAAGUCGGGUUUGUGCAGCCCUUGGCUCCUUGAAAAAUGUGACUCAGAAGGACAAUCAAGUUUAUCGUUUCAUUAGGGUGACCAUAUUCUGACUUUCCAAAAAGAGCACACGACUACACCGGGGUGGAGUCACAGAGUCGCACCAAGCUGAUUUUGAGAGUUUUUCGGGUCGGAUCGAGUGUCUUUCACACACUUCUAACUCAGUAAGUCCAUGUGACACAAACUCAAAACUUAUGUUCAAACCAGGGGAGAACCGCCAUUCCGACAUCCCGCCAUUCCGACAUUGGUCUCUAAUUGUCGGAGUGGCGGUAUGUUACCAUGCUAUCAAAAUGUUCCGUCGUAUGUGUGUUGAUGAUUACCUGGUGUAGGAUGGCCUCAUUCACAGCGGGUUGAUUGAGAUCAGCUGUAGUUUCCGACUUCGUGAUCUUGAUACGAAAGAUCUGCUUCUUUUCGAGUGACGGCGCAAGAAUUCGCAACCCUGUGAGGGAUCAGUAUACAUAGCUGUUUCAUUGUAAGAUUGGCACAAAUUUGGUCAGAAUGGUUCAGAGAUAAAAAUGACUUACCGCCAUGGCAAACAAAAGGAAAUGCUUCCCCACAGUGUGCUUCAACCCACUGUCCCGAGUGUUUAGCGUCAAACAGGCUGGUAGCGCAGCCCUCGGAUCGAUUUUUUGGGUGUCCUUGUACCCAGUUCAUGAAGUCACUAUUAUCGCCUGCCCAAUUGUUCCAAGCAUAUCUGUAGAAGCCUAUCCAGACAGACCGGUCAUCUCCUACUACGUCCUGGACCUCCGUGUUCUCACUGUCGUUCUUUAUAAUUGCCAGAUCCACGUGGUUACUCCUGCAGUAGGUCCUAGCGUCCUUCCAACUUGAAUUGUUUUCACUCAAGACAUACUUGGGAGAGACAAUGGAAGACAAACCUGAAAUAAGAAAUUUAAAGCAGAGUUCUUUGAUUUUUGAGGAAUAUAUGUUUUGUACAAAAAAUACACCCCUGACUUCGUUAUUGGAUGGAGCUUAUAGUGUGAAGUGUCAAUUUUGGCGCCCCCUGUAGAUAAUCUUGUGCGUACUAUCUUAGGAUUGUUUUUAGUGUUUUAAAUCAAAAUACUUUAUCCCUCAUUUUGCUAACAAAAACAAAUGUUUACUCACUAGUUUGGCUGUUGUAGCAGACAAACUGUUGUUCUACAUGGCACUGUACGUCACGCCAGGUUCCUUGUCGGAAAGCGACACAUAUUUUCUUGUUUGCUAGUAUGAUGUUUGGUUCGCCUUGGCUCCACUUGGUAAAUUGGUCCUCCUCGUCUUCAGGGGAGCCUGGUUUUAUGUCAGACCUUUUCCAUUUUACGCGGUCAUACAAGCCGAACCACACCUGCCCCUUGAAGCCACUACCGACAGCUGCCCUCACGCGCGUCACGUCCUCCGUGUUGUCGAUGGUGGCCAGUUCCUCGUACUUCCCCCUGCAGUAGUCUCUAGCUUGAUUCCAAGACUUUGGUUCAUCAAUGAAGUGGUAUUCGUAGAAGCAUGAGCACAGUGCUGUAAACAAAGGCACACAGUUACAUUAGAAAAGUAGGUCCUUGGUGUGUUUAUAUUUUGUCCACAAAACCAUCAAACCCUCACAUUUGAAGGAAUCGCUUCACAUUAAGGUAUGUUGCCAUGGCAGCACUUCAAACUUUGACGUCACCAUGAAACAGGAAGGUUUGCUGCGUUCCAGUUACCUCGGAAGUCGGAGCUGGGAAUGAUGUUACACCCGAGUUGACGGAGUUCCAGUAAGCAAUAUUUUUUUUGUAGGACGGUAGGGGAAAGUCCCGCCUCCUUCGCCUCUGAUUGGCUAGAAAAGCUGGAAACAUCAUCACGCGCUCAAGCCAAACGCGGGCUGUCGGCUCUGUACAUCGAACAGAACAUUAUCGCACUUCUGAACCCGCCUAACCCUAACUUGACAGAUGAUGACGUUUCACAUUCAUUCGGAAUAACCAAUCAGAACCCAGCACUUCUAGCCAAUCAGAGGCAAAGGAGGGUGGGACCUUCCCCUACCACCCUACCAAAAAAAAAAUUUGCUUCACAAGUCGGAAAACCAAGAUGGACGCCCACUGUUAGCUGUUGUUUACAAUUGUCAGCUGUUAGUUGUUUUUAGCUAUACCAGCAAAUAACUCUGUAUUUUACUCUUACAAACACCAUAGCACCGUGUUCACAGUUAGACGUUGGGCAGUACAACAUAAACCACUUACUUAAUUUCACAAAAACAAAACAGAAGUGCUAAUAAAUGAAACAUUACGCGAACUUUCACUGUAGACAUAUAGAAACGAGCAACCAUCCACGCUCACAUCUACAAGCAAAUUGAAAGUGGCCAGUUAACCUAACCCCACUUCUGCAUGUUUUUGGGAUGUAGAAGGAAACUGGAGUACCCGGAGUAAACCCACACUGACACAGGGAGAACAUGCAAACUCCACACAGACAUGCCCUGACCCGGAUUAGAACCCCUGACCUUCUUGCUGUGAGGUGACAGUGCUAACCACUACACCACUGUGCCGCCCAUUGGUUAUCUUUCAGCAUUGAAAGUUCCAACGACACCCUUAUUUUUGUUGCGAACCUUGGAAAUUCCAACUUCGGAGUACAACUGGAACUCAGCAUUAUUGCUACUCAUUCAUACAGUGUCCACUUUGGUUGAUUUCUCAUAUGCAUGAUUGAGACCCUUCCCUGAACUCAUCUAUGUGCUUUUCCCUUAAAUUCUGGCAUAGCACCACCUUGUGGAUAGACAUGGUACUACCUUUCUCAUGCAACAUCGAGUCUGUUCAAGAUUUCACAGGUUUGUGAAACAAGUUGGACUGACUUAAAGAAAAGAAAACAGUGUUGAACUCGAGUGUAAACUGUCUAAAACAUUCCUACAGAUGACAACUUUGUUAAACUCAUAUCAUUACUUUUUUAUUUUGGGCUGUAUGAUAAUAUUUUAAUAUACAUUAUUAACUCAUCUGCAUAUAUUUUGCUUUGCACCAUGCACCAUGUACUGACCAUGGACACAACGAUAACCAACACAGGUAAAGUUAGGUCAUUAUGUGAAAUAAUAUCCCUGUCAGACAUCAAUCAUAAUAAUUACUUUAGAGAGCCUGUUUCAGUGUGACUAAACAUCUGAGUGAAAUGAACAUCCUGUGAAAAAAAAAACACAUACAUCAGGACAUGUUUGGGUCCAAACUGACCUGGAAAAAGCAGAACAAACAACAUGAUCCCUCCUAAACCUGAAGAAAGAAAAACAAUCUUAGAUUAAUCUGCUUAAGUCAUGAAUAUAAGAGGAUAUUUAACAUUUUGAGGAAACACUCAUAAGAUCAACAUAUUAUCAAAUUUCAUACCUGGACUAAGAGGCUUCUUCCAGGACGGUGUCAUCUCCAGAUUCUUCAGGCCGUUCAGUCUCGGUCUUUCUAGUUUUUGACCGACUACACGGACAAACGCUCUACAUUUGCUACAUAUUCUUCUUUAUAUCCUCUCUUAAGGGCAAAUAUUCGUAGAAGAUAUGCAAAGUGCCAACAAUCCCGACAUCUGAGAGAGGUAACGUGAGCUCCUUGACCUAAAAAAGGAAACCUGGAGGAUAUUAAAAGCAUCUUUAUAUUCUAAGAAUUGAAACAAUAAAUCAAUUUUAAUCAUUUAAACCUAGCAGAAGGACUGGAGUAAUGAAGGGUUAUCUAUAUAGUACAAUCAGAAUUAAAGGCAAGUCUAUUCUACAUAAGCUAACUGUUUCACAUUCAUCGUUGUAUGGUUGGUUUAUAAUGUGUUUACUGCAGUCGUGCGCUUAGUCCAGAUAUGCAAAACAGACGUAAAGUUACACGGUUUCAUCUGAUGCAAAUAGUAAGUUAACAUGAGAGGAUAUAUUGUUCCCGGUUUGGCUGAGCAGUGUCUUUCAGGUCUUUUAAUAAAAGUGGGUCAGCAGGUUUUCACUUCUUCUAUUUAGACAAUAUUAAAGCAACAAGCAGGUGUGAAAUUAAAGUUUUUCUUCAGUUUAUCAAACCUAGAUAUUAUAAUUCACAAAAGUUUAUCACUAAAAGUAAAAAUGACAACGACAAAGCAUCAACUUCCAGAAGUGCAAAAAACUGCAGUUCCUCGGGUGUCCACUAGGCUGACAAAAAUGCAGAUAUAACCAUUAAAUCCAAUUCUAAAAGAUCAUUUUUACAGCAAAACUUCACGUUUAAAGCCAUGUUCAUCAGUUUGUGUGAGACUGCGUGAUUUGAGGAUUGCGUGAACUAUGGUACGCUAUAUUAUUAAAAGGCGGAGAAUCUGAGGACAAGGCCGAAAACCAAUACUAGGAGGCUGUGGCUGCGAUUUGAUGGAACCCUGCAAAUAAGGCGGGCCCAAAUUUUUAAAAACACAUGACUAACACUAGAAAUCUGCUCUUUUUUCAGUUUGUCCAAUAAUCCAAUUUUCUGUUUUGACAUUUUAUAUGUUUCCGCACUUUUUUUAACAAUAAAAUAAAGAGUUAAAUUAUUCCACAAUCAUUCAACCUGCUCCUAUUACCACAAGGCUACAACUUCCCUUAACUCCACAUUUUGCUACCGGUUGAUUGAAAAUCAUGAUGACUCAGCAUUUCUAAAAUAAUAACAAUGCAUCAGAUUUCAUAUAGCGCUUUAUCAGAGACCCUAAAAGCGCCUUACAUUGGAUACAUCAUUCAUUCGCUCACUCAGUCACACCUUGGUGGUGGUGAUUUACCUUGAAAGUCACAGACUGACAGAAAUGUGGCGGCCAGUUUGCGCCAACGGCCUCUUCCACCAAACAUCACUCACAAUCGUACACCAGUGGAGGACACACGCUGGGAGCAAGGUGGGUUAAGUGUCUUGCCCAAGGAUAGAAUGGACAGACUUGGAAUCGGAGGGAAUCGAACCACCAACCUUCUGGUUAUUGGACGACCGCUCUACCUCCUGAGCUACUGCCGUCCAAAAUGGCUCAUGAGUCUGGGAAACCAAAUUUAGUGAAGGGUUUUGACAAAAGUCUAACUUUCUACAUCAGCUUGAGGUCAUUUUUACUCAGAGCUGGUGGUUAAAAUCUAGAAAUGUUGGGUUUUGAACUCAAUCAUGUUUGAGUUUCUUGAAAAAUUCAAUUAUGGCCCAACGUUACAGGUCAGUUUAAUCCAAUUGAAGGUUUUGAUGGAUAUCUAUGUCUUUGAAAGGCCAAGUCAAAGCUGAAGUUUUGAGUUUAAUCACCUCAAUUUAUUGCCCCUUAUUGUUAAACUAAAAUCCAACACUUGUCUUUAACAGAAAGCUAAUAUUCCGUCACGUGUGACAUUGUUGGUUGCCGUCUUGAUGCAGAGCUAAUUCCGUAUCCAUAUCCUUUAUGGGUUUCAUGAACAUCGCCUCGGAGUUCAGCCUUAUCUCUUGUGAAUAGAUGUAUUUUCAUGAACUACCAGAGUCCGUUCAAACAUCCCGUUUGUCUUUUAUGAGCCUGUAAAAGUUUCCACCACACACCGAUCACAUGUUCUCCGAUCUGAACGACUGAACUUGAGCCGCCAGUUUGGGACAGCUAAUCCCGUCUUUAUGUGACAACCGCUCCAUUAUGGAGAAUCUGACGGUAAGUUUGGGGCUUUGAGGCCUUUUCCUCUUCUUUGAAAUGUUCGUCUUUAUCGCCUUUUUCCAGAAAUAAGUGAUAACCGUCUCAUCUGAGGGAAAAAUAUGCCACUUUAAUGACAGAAACAGAGGAUAUUUGUGCUGCAAUGCAGCGCUGCAGCAUUCCUCAGGUCAGGUUUGUGUGUCAGGUGUGUCAUAAAUGGAAAAACGUUAAACAUUGGACUUGAGCGCCACACCCACAAGGAGGCGAACUCAAGUCUCCCCUACUAUUAUGUAUUCCUACGAUUUCAUAUUCCCACAGAUGACACAUGCGCACUAACUUUGAGCCGGAGCGUAACGCCACCAGUGCAGGGACUAAUAGCAGGUUUUUAGCUGAAGCUGUUCCAGUGAGGCAGACAGUCAGCAGGAACAAGUCCUCAGGAGGAGGAGGGGGAGGGCCUAGCUGAUGAAUAACUGUGUUGACGUUACAUUUUCCUGUUUCACAGCUCGAUCUGUAAUGUGUUCAUAAGGAUUCAUUCAGCAGGAGAGAGACACCGGCUCUGAGGGCAAGAGGAGAGACCGAGCGGCUUCACCACAAACAAACAAAGAGUGAGUAAAAGAAAUGAUUGUUGAAGAUUCGUUUAGUGGACUGAUCAGCGGAGGGGAGCAGAACAGAAGAUUCGUUUUAUCAAGUUUGGUUUGGGUGGUUUUAAUAGAGUUUCUUGAAAUUUAGGGACUGAUUUUGGGACUAACUUCACUCCGACAAUCAGGAAAGUUUGGAUGAAUCAGCUCUGUGAAAGGCCUCGGUUGGCAGAUUAUUUGGCUCCUGAACAAAACUAAACACAUCUCGUUAUAGCCGCUGAUUUUCUUCAAUUUUCAAAUUCAGGGUCACAUUUUUAUUUGUGUUUUUUGGCCGUAGCUUUAUAUCAAAAUGCAAAUUCACUCACUCCCUUAAACUCUGAGUCAGCAGGUGAUUUUACGUCUCUUGCGCAACCUCUUUCACUUUCAAGUCGCCCCUUGAACCCAAGCGUACGCUGCAUUUAGUUAGCAGGGAGAUCAUUUAAACCCAGUAAAAAUAACUCUGUUUUUAAAAUAGUGUAACUAAGCGCCUACUUCCAACUCUAAAAUUCACUUUUUUUAGUGUUUUCAUGUAAAAUUUCGUCCAGUUGGAUCAAAUUAUCAUCACAUAAUUUUAUGUUUCUAAGCUCCAAAAACAUCAAAUUGGACUAAAAUUAAAAUUCACAGACAAUUUUUAACAGAAAUAUCCAGUUAAACUCAUUUCUUCUUCAUUUUUCUUUAACAUUUUGAGGUAGUUUGGUUCCCCACGUAGCAAAAUUAUUAUUUCUCACUUAAAAAUAAUUACAGGAUUUUUCCACCAGUAAUAGUCUGUUGGUACACUGGUGUAAUUAUGUGGCUUUGCUGUGGGAACUGUGGGGUGUGUCUGGUGUGAGUAUUAGGCUGUGAAAACACUGACUCAUAUGCGGCACACACCAAACACUGCAGGGUGUUGAGGUCCUGAAUUUCAAGUUAAUUUGAAGUUCAUGUUCUUUACUUUUACCUGGAAUUAACUGUUCAAACUUGUACUUCCUGUAUUGGUGUUAUCUCUUCACUUCCUUCUUUUCAGACAAUGGCUUCCUCGGGUAACAUGCUACCUGAAAAACAGUUCCAGUGCACAAUCUGUCAGCAGGUGUUUACAGAUCCUGUCACCACUCCCUGCGGACACAACUUCUGCCUCUCCUGCAUCCAGAGCGAGUGGGACAGCGGCGACGCCUGCCAGUGUCCCGCCUGUGACAAGUCGUUCCCCUCGCGGCCUGAAAUCAGCAUCAACACGGCCUUCAAAGAGCUGGCGGACACGUUUAGGAAUCUCAUCGUCUGCUCGUCGGCUUCACCGCUGUCAGCAGCCAAACCCGGCGAGGUCGUUUGCGACGUCUGCGCGACGACGUCCCUGCAGGUGAAAGCUUUGAAGUCCUGUCUGGUGUGCCUGACGUCGUACUGCGAAGCCCACCUGGAGCCCCAUCGGAGAGUGGCCACGUUGAAGGUCCACAAGCUGAUCAACCCGGUGAAGAACCUGCAGGAUAGGAUGUGUAAGAAGCACGACAGGCUGUUGGAGAUGUUCUGUAGAGACGAGCAGAAGUGCGUGUGCCAGUUCUGCACUGAGACGGAGCACAAAGGUCACCGGGUCGUCACGAUAGAGCAGGAGAGCGGGGAAAGAAAGGUACAGAUGACAUUUGAAUUAAAAGAGAGAUGGCAAUGAGGGUUUCUAAUGACAAAGACAACAAAGUCAACCUUUUAAUGCUAGCUGGUAUCAGGGAGGUUGCGUUACUGCCACUUUAAAUUCUUAAUCAAUCAGUUAUCAAUCAGAAUCCAUAACAAGAAGAGCCCUCCAACCCUGGAGUCACUAAUCAAUUCGAGUCGAGACAUUUCAAGUCGAUAUGACACAAUUAUUACAAUACAUUACAACACGAUCAUCCCGAUACAAUAUGAUUAUUAUGAUACGAUCGUUAUGAUUUGAUAUGAUAGGAUCAUUGAGAUACGGUCAUUAAAACACAACAUGAUAUAAUAUGAUACUAUCAUUAUGAUACAAUACAAUAGGAUCAUUACAAUACAAUUAUGAUGCAACAUGAUGCAAAGAGAUGACACAUGAUACGAUACAAUAGGAUACAAUCAUUACGACACGAUAUGAUACGAUACAAUACCAUACAAUCAUUAUGAUAUGAUCGUUAUGACGCGACAUGACAUGAAGCAAUGACACAAUACGAUACAAUAGGAUACAAUCAUUAUGACAUGAUACGAUCAUACUGACACGACAUGAGACGAUAUGAUACAGUACAAUACGAUACAAUAAUUACGAUACAAUAUGAUACGAUAUGAUCCGAUACAAUCAUUACAAUAUGAUAAUUACGACAUGAUACGAUUUAAUACAAUUAGAUACCAUACCAUAUGAGUACAGUUUCAUAUAUAUUUAUGAUAUGUAAUGACUAAAUGGAAUAGGUUAGAAUACAAAACAAUACGAAACAAUAUGAUUUGAUUUGUCACAAUAGGGUACAGUUUAAAUGAUACAGCAUAUGAUACGCUAUGUUAUCGAUAUCAAUAACAUAGCAUUAUCGAAUUCCCCCUCAGUGAUCAAUAAAGUUCUUCUUAUCUUACCUUAUGAAACUUUAUGAUAUGAUGUGAUUUGAUAUCAAAGUAUAUGCUAUGAUACACUACACUAGGAUAAGGUAUGAUUCCAUGUGUUACGUUAAAUUAUGUUCAGAUAAGGUAAGAUAGAAAUUUUUAUUUAUCCCAGAGAGGAAGUUUGUUACGUUAAGGUUAUGAUAGGAUAUAAUAAAGUAAACUGUGAUAGUCUGAAGAACACCCUCCAUCUUGUCUCUCCUGUCUCAGAAUAAAAAGCUGGAUCAGCUUCUUCCCUCUUUUCUCUUCUUGGUUUCAGAAGUGAUCCGCCCCUCUCUUAACUUCUUUACAUCCAGCUGUCCUUUUCAUACCCUACUCUCACUCAAGCCCAAAGCCUAGAAUCCACCAACUGAAGGUUCUGGUUUCUGCUUUGGCCUUUAGGUCCAAAUGAAGACGACUGAGGCGGGUUUCCAGCAGAUGAUUCAGGGACGGUUGAAGAAAGUAGAGGAGAUCAAAAACUGCCUGAAGCUCAGCAUGGUCAGUCAUAUAAAAAUAUAGAUGAUGUGUCUUUGUAUUCGUAAUUUCCUGUAAAGCGCUAACAUUAAUCUACCCUUCUCCAGGUCAGUGCGGAGAAAGAGAUGAAGGAGAGCGACCGUCUCUUCACGUCAGUCGUUCGCUCCGUCCAGGAGAGACACGCUGAAGUGUCCACAGAGGUCAGAGAGAAGCAGACAGCUGCAGAGAGACGAGCGGAGGAGCUCACCAACGAGCUGCAUCAAGAAAUCAACGAACUGCAGAGGAGGAACGCUGAGCUGGAGGAGCUGGAGCACUCCGACGACCACCUUCACCUCUUACAGGUUACGAUCAAACUUAAAGGAGACGAAUUUCAACCUUGUGGUUUCUGGACUUUUCUGGUCAAACUCUACAGCUCAGCAAACACGGUAAUACUUCCUCUUCGUUUGUCUUCUUUGGUAGAGGUUGCCCUCUCUUACGUCACCUCCACCCAGCAAAGACUGGAACGAGAUCUGCGUCUACCCUGAACUCUGUGUGGGGACCUCGAGGAAAGCCCUGUCCAAACUGGACGACGCUCUGAAGAACGAACUGGACGCUUUAAAGAAAGAAGGUAAACUGACGUGAAGUUUUUUAGGAUCAUAAAACCACCAACGAAUUCUGAUGUUGCCGUAAAAAACUGAUUGGGACUUUAAUCUUCCUUACAGAGAUGAAGAAGAUGCAGAAAUAUGCAGGUAGGCACUUAUCAUGGUAAUUCCUGACCUUAAGUGUUCAAGUUAAAGGCAUGAUAUGUAUUAUAUAUAUUCCUGUUUCUUUGUUUUCUGUCCAUAGUCGAUGUGGUUUUGGACCCGGACUCCGCUCAUCCAAACAUCGUCCUAUCAGCUGACGGAAAGCAGGCGGGCCGUGGAGAACUGCUUCACAUCGUUCCUGAUAACCCCCAACGUUUCGACCCCGUCAUCUGCGUGGUUGGAAAGAAAGGUUUCCUGUCGGGGAGGAUCUACUUCCAGGUCUAAAAGCUGAUCAGAAAAAAUCUUUCUUAAUAAGUGUAGAGACUGACAGUUCAGUGACUCAUUUCAUGUCAUUGUCAACGUUCAGGUCGCAGUGGGAACAAAGACCUUCUGGGAUCUUGGCGUGGUCAAGGAGUCGGUCAACAGAAAGGGGAUGAUCACCUCCAAACCCGAGAACGGCUACUGGACGGUCCGGUUGAGGAACGGGAAUGAGUAUCGCGCUCUGGACUCCCCCUCGGUCCUCCUGACCCUGAAGGAGAAGCCGCAGACGGUCGGCGUGUUUGUGGAUUACGAGGAGGGGAUUGUGUCUUUCUUUGACGUGGACGCCAUGUCGCACCUUUACAGUUUCAGCGGGUGUAUGUUCACAGAGAGGAUCUUCCCCUUCUUCAGCCCGGGGGUUUGUGAUGAGGGGAAGAAUACGGCGCCUCUGAUUAUCACGGCUGUCAAUCAUUAGAAAGAAAUUUACUGUUUUUGGAGCAAAGAAAGACUUUUCCACCGAGAACUGAUCUGGUGUUCAAUAUGGAAGUGUUUACAUUCCCGCUUUACAAACCUACGGUAGCCCUGAAGGUCAAUGUCACAAAUAUAUAUGGAAGGCAAUAAUUAAAUGUUGUUUUUUUUAAAGAAGAAGCAUAAAGUAAAGGGAAGAAAACUUCAAAAACCCACCCCAAAAAGAAAAAAACAUUUUAUAAAACAUAAAAAUCUUUUACUUAAACACCAAAUAUAUUUUAGAAAAUACAAAUAAAUUAUAAAAACAUGAAAAUAUUGAAAAACCUUUUUGAAAACUGUUUAAAUAAAAAUACUAAAGAAUCAAAAUUAAAAUAUGAAUAAAAAAUAUUAUCACUUAAAGAUAGUCUGCAGCCAAAUAUUUUUCAAGGUGAUUUUUUUUUUUAGUUUGAGUAAAUUUUUCAUCAUUUUCUAAAUAUAAUGAUGUGAUUUAUUUCCAAUAUAUUAUGUUUUCAAAAUGUAUUUGUAUUUCCAAAAUUAGUUUUAUUUUGAUAUUUUUGUUCCAUUUACCAAAAAAAAAUUCUCAAAUACUUUUGCAUUUUUUGAAUUUAUUUGCAUUUCAUUUUUUUUUUUUUUUUUUUUUACAUUUUUUUGCUUGUUUUCUAAAGCAUAUUUCAUGUACCUCUAAAUUUUUUUGUGUGUUUUACAAAAUGUAUUUUGGGUUGUAUGACGUGUGUAUUUAUUGUCCUCCAGAAUAUUAUUGCCAUUGCCUUCCAGGGCCACCAUACAAACCUAGUCAAAGUGUAUUACAAAAACGUGCACAAUAAUUCUUUUCUCAUUUCGAUGCAAGGAUAUAGUUUCAUCCCCACUUUAAAUUUCACAACAUUGUAAUUACUUCGAACGAUGUUGCAGAAAUUUAAAAAUUUUUUAAAUCUAAACGUCUUCUACAUUUGUAAUGAUUUUGAUACGUUUAUCUUAAUAUGCUAAAAGAUUGUUUAUUGUUGACAUUUUGCUAGCUUUGAUUAAGCCAGAGUUGUUGUUUGCUGGUGUCAAACAAUUUUAUAAAAUUAAGGCCUGAUUUUCUCCUCUG